UUUCUGGGACCGGCACAGCAAAGCAACAGGAACAAGAAGAAUGAGCAAGCUUCGCCCCCGACCCGCCUUUGUCCCACUCGUGCGGCCAAACGCUUCCUCGGUUGCAUGCCUGAGGCUACGCCUGUAUAUCGGACAUUGUCGUGAUCCUUUCCCAGACUAGCUGCAAACACAUGGUCGGUCAAUAGUGCAAACGCGAACUGGCAUUUCGCGCCAUUGUGGCGACCCGGCUUGCCGGACGCCGCCUUUGGUCGCGAGCCUUGCCUGCAUAGUACAGAAAGCUCAUAGAAACAUAGGUCUGGCGCCCAAUUGGGACAUAGCCACCUAGCUGAGGAGAUGGGCAACUCGGGCAGCGGCCGUGCCGAGAGCGGCCAGGAGCUCGGCGACGAGGAGGCCCCGCCUCCGGGCCCAGCCCCCGAGCCCUUCCCCGAACCCCAGCUCCCUCAACCAGCCAACCCGCCAGCUGUACCCUCGACUGCCGCUGCAGCGCCUCCCGCGGAGGCGGCCGCCCUGGCCCCUGCGCCUGCGCCUGCCGCGCCACUAACCGCCGCCGGCGCAGCGGUUGGCGGCCCCGAGGCUGCGGCCCCCGGCCCCACAACCGUGCCGGUCGCCGGUCCCCAGCCCGCCUCCACCGCUGUUGACGAAGACAACGUCGCUGCUGACGAGGCUGCGGCGGCCGCGCCAUCGCUGGACGCGUGGGCCUGCCUGGGCUACGCCGCGUGCCGCUUCGGCUCCCGCCUGGCCCUUGUCGACCUGGACCCCUCACCACUGGCUGCCCCCCCGGCCCCGGCCCCGGCCCCUGCCACCGCAGCCACCGCAUCCCGCGCUGGUUCCACCGCGGCCCCGCCACCAUCCCCGGCGCCGGCACAAACCGCCACCCCGGCCCCAACCGCCACCCCGGCCCCUGUGCCCUGUGGCCCGGCCACCGGCGCGCCCUCCGGCGCCGCCACUGGCGCCCGGCUGUACACGUACCGGCAGCUGCACGACCGCAGCCUGGGCGCGGCGGCGGCGCUGCUGGCGGCGGGCUGCGGCGGCGGCGGCCGUGUGGGCGUGCUGCUGCGCAACUGCGGCGAGGUGGUGGAGGCGCACUUCGCGGCGGCGGCACUGCGGGCCGUGGUGGUUAACGUGAACGUGAACCUGGCUCCUCCCGAGCUGUCCUACAUCCUGCACGACAGCGAGACCCAGGUGCUCAUCACACACGCUGGCGACUUCGGAGCCCUGCUGGCCGCCGCCCUGGCGCUGCCGCCGCCCCCCGCCGCCGCCUCGCCUCCAGCCUCGCCUUCCGCUUCGCCAGAGCCUGGCGCGGAGCCAGCGGCCGCGGCCACGGCCGCUGCUGCGGCUCCGCCCCCUGCGCCUGCGGCCCUGCGCCUGCACACGGUGUUUCUGGUGGACGGCGGCGGCUACGGCGGCAGCCAGGAUGGCGGCGGCGCGGCGGUGGAGGCGGCAGCCGCGACUGCCGCGGCCGCUGCGGCCGCCGCCGCCGGCCUGAACCUCAAGUUCAUUCCCUACCACUCCGCAGUCGCGGCUGCCAUCGCAGCCGCGAGUGCGGACGACGGCGCCGCCGCCGGGACUCGGCGGCGCCUGACACUGCGCGCGGUCCGCGCCGCCGCGCUCGCGGCCUCUGCCACCAGCACCGGCCCCACCACCGCCCCAACCGCCGCCACCGCCACCGCGCCCCAGCCCCAGCCUCCGCCUCCGCCCCACCCGCUGCUUGAGCCCGACGCGCCCUACCACAUGUACUACACCAGCGGCACCACGGGACGGCCCAAGGGCGUACUGCUGAGUCACCGCAUUGUCAUGCUGCACGCACUGGGCACCAUCGCGGAGAUGCGGCUGCACGGCGGCGACGUGUGGGCCCACCUGGCUCCGCUGUUCCACCUGGUGGACGUGUUCGCGAUCUACGCCGUCACGCUGGCGAGCGGGCGGCACGUGCUGCUGCGCGCCUUCAGCCCGCAGGAGGCGCUGGCGGCGCUGGAGCGCGAGCGCAUCACGGUCACCAACAUCGCCUCCACCAUGCUGGCCAUGCUGAGCUCCAACCCGGCCCUGGCCACCGCCAACACCGCCAGCCUGCGGCUGCUGUCCUGUGGCGGCAGCCCGCAGUCGCCGGCGGUGCUGCGCCGCGCGGUGGCGGCACUGGGCUGCGAGGUGUUCCUCAGCUACGGCAUGACCGAGUGCUGCGGCAAGAUCUCCAUGAGUAUCCUGCCGUACGGCUGGUGGGCCCGCUGCCGCCUGGCCGCCGCUACUGCUGCUGGCCGUAGCAGCAGGGCCGGUGGCGGCGCGCUGCUACAGCCGGGUGACGUGGGCCCGCACACCACCGCCGCGCAGCUGAUGGAGCUGGUGGUCAGCAGCGGCCGCCCCUUCGUGCUCAUGGAGGUGCGGGUGGUGUCCGAGGGCGAUGCGGAGGCCGCGGAAGCCGAGGGGCAGCAGGGCGCAGCCUCCGAUGCCACUGCCGCCGCUGCCGCCACCACCACCGCCGCCGCCGCCGGCGCUGCUGCCUGUGGCGGCGUGGGCGAGCUGUGGUGCCGCGGUCCCACAGUCUUCUCCGCAGGCUACUGGCGCCGCCCCGCCGCCACACGCGAGGCCUUUGCGCCCGGCGGCUGGUUCCGCACCGGCGACCUCGCGCUCAUGCCGCCGCCGCAGCCGGACACCACUGUCGAAGCAGAAGGAGCGGGGGCAGGCGCGGGUGGCAGGGCGGUGCGCGGCUACCUCCAUGUGGUGGACCGCAAGAAAGACAUGAUGCUGGUGGGCGGCGAGAAUGUGUACGGCAGUGAGGUGGAGGCGGCACUGGCCGAGCACCCCGCGGUGGCGGCGGCGGCGGCCUUCGGGCAGCCGCACCCGCUGUUGGGCGAGGUGGUGGCGGCGGCCGUGGUGCUGCGCCCGCCGGCGCCGGCGCCGCCAGCUGCGGCUGCUGCUACGGCUGCUCCUGCUACGGCUGCUACUGCCGCUGGCGGUGCUGCUGGUGCUGGUGCUGCUACUGCCGGUGUGACGGAGUCGGAGCUGGUGGCCUGGUGCCGUCAGCGCCUGGCGCACUACAAGGUGCCAGCCAAGGUGCACUUCCUGGACCGCAUGCCCGUCACCGGCUCCGGCAAGAUCCUCAAGACCGAGCUGCGGGCCCGGCUCAUCCCCACCCCCACCACCUCUACCGCCACCGCCACGUCGGCGUCGGCGUCGGCGUCGGCCGCUGCUGGCGGCAGGCCUGCUACUGCCGCUGCAACCACUGCUGCAGCCACCGCCGUUGCCACGUUCACCGGCACCGCACCUGGUCUCGUGCACUCUGAUGUGCCGGCCGCCGCUGCCAUUCUAGCGGCGGCGCGCACCGCCCUGGCACCCGCAGCCGUGCCAGUCAGCGGCAGUAGCAGCAGCCGCUACAGCCGGCCGCUGCUGCCGCUGCUGCCCCUGCACGGCGCCACCGACCCGUCCCAGACCUACCUGCUGGUGCUACAGCCGCUACAGCCAGACGGCACUGCUGCUGCGAUGACGGCCGCGGCCGCCACCGCCUCGAGCAGCCUGGCGCGGAUGCUGUACGGCGGCGCGCGGAGCGUGCUGGUGCUACAGCCGCUGCUCGCGCCCGUACCGGAUGACAUGCAGGUGCAGCUGCAGCAGCUGGUGGCGGCGCUGUCGGACGUCGCGCGCCGCCACACCGCCGCCGCCGCAACCGCCGCAGCUGCCACACGUGCCGCUGGCGGCGUGAGGACCGAGUGCGACGUGCGGGUGGUGGUGGUGCAUGCGGCCGCAGCGGCGGCCGACCCGCACGUGCUGCGUUUUGCAGUGCUGUCGGCUGCUGCUGCGGCUUCGGCGGUGGCGGCGGCGGGCAGCACCGCGGGCGCUCGCGCCCCAGCCAUGCCGCCGCUCGCUGCAGUUGCCGCUGCGGCGGUGGACGUGGGACCCCCACACGACGCAGCGGCCCAGCAACCCAGCAGCCUGAACCCACUGCUGCGCACGCUGCAUCGGGCACUCCCGCAAGUGCGGCUGCUGCCACUGCUGGAAGCCACAGCGCCCGCGGCGCCCGCCGCUGUUGCUGCUGCUGCAGGCGUGGUGACGCGCCGCCGGCAGCUGUCAGGCCAGCAGUGCACCUACGUGCUGGCUCUUGGAGAGCUGGGCGACGGCCUUGCUGCUGCUGCAGCGCCCGGUGCCGAACCGGUGUCGCCGGAGGCUGUAGCGCUGGUGGCAGAGGCUGUAGUGGCCGGCGCGCGCCGCCUGCUGCUGGUUGCACGCGCGCCGGCGGUGGCGGCUGGCGCGGCGGCCACGCGGGCGGCGGCGGCGGCAGCUGUGGCGCUGCUGUUGCCGCAGGUGACUGGUGCGGGUGCUGCUGACGUGCAGGCGCGGCUGGUGCUGCUGCCGCAUGAUGGUGGUGAUGACAAGGCCCGGCAGCAGCAGGCGGCGGCGGCUUACGACGAGGUGGUGCGCUACGCGCUGCUGUCCGCCGCUGCCGCUGAGGGCUGGCCGCCCAUUGCCCACAUCUGCCAUCCGGCACCGCCCAGCACCAGCGCCGCUGCCGCCACCGCCAGCGCCGCCGCCAGCACUGCCACCCACCCCCACGCCGCUGCGCCCGUCGCCGGUACGGCAGAAGUGGCGCCCGCCGCCGUCGUAGGCGCCGCCGCGGCUACUGCUACUGCUGCUGCUGCUGCUGCUGCUGGGCCCUCACCGCGUGAGGGCCCCGCCACGUCAGCUGCAUCCAUCGCGGCCGCCGUGUCCAGCGCCGUCGCGGAGGUGCUGGGCGUGGCUGUUGCAGGCCCAGCGGCUGCUGCAGCCACAGCCGCUGCUACUGCCGGCACUGCUGCUGCUACUGCCGGCCGUAUCACGGGCUCCUCGACGCUCAUGGCGGCGGGGCUCAACUCCACUGCGGCGGUGGCGCUGGUGGCGGCGCUGGAGGAGCGGCUGGGCGUGCCACUGCCGCCCACACUGGCCUUUGACCACCCCUCCAUCGACGACAUGGCCGCAGCCCUCGCCGACAUGCUCCUGCUACAGCCGCCGCAGCCGCAGCAGCCGCCGCAGCAACCGCCGCAGCCGCAGCCGGCACUGCAGCAGCAACAGCAACAGCGACCUUCCGCCGGCCGUAGCAGCUCGGUGCCCUUCACUACUGCCGCGCCUGCGACGGCCACCACGAUUGCUACUGCUGCCGCCGCUGCCGCUGCAGCCCCCGCCGCGCCGGCGGCGGAGCAGCUGGUGCCGCGGGUGCUGGCGGCGGUGCGGCAGGUGCUCGGCGGUGGCGGUGAGGCUGCUACAGCCACAUCCACCGUGCAGCUACAGCCGGACACGCCGCUGAUGGCGGCGGGCGUGAACAGCACGGCGGCGGUGGCGCUGACGUCCACCCUGGAGGACGUGUUUGGCGUAUCGCUACCGCCCACUCUGGUGUUUGACCACCCCACCGCUGCCGAGAUUGCCGAGUACCUCGCCACCAGCACAACCGCCUCGCCCGGUGCUACUGCCGCGUUAACUCCUAGCCCUGCAGGGGCUACUGCCGCUCCCCACAGCGCUCCUCCGCUGCAAGCCGGCUAUGGCGGCUCACAGCAGCGGGUGCAACAGCAGCAGCACGCGGCGGCGCUGGCGCACGUGCGUCAGGCUGUAGCUGAGGUCCUGGGCGCGGCUGCUACUGCCGGCCUGUCCGAUGACGCGCCGCUCAUGUCCGCCGGCCUCAACUCCACCGCCGCCGUGCAGCUGACCUCCAGUCUGGAGGCGGCGCUGGGCGCUACAGCCAGUGGCGGCGGUGCCGCUGCUGCAGCCGCUGCAGUGGAGCUGCCGCCCACGCUGGUGUUUGACUACCCCACCAUUGCGGCAAUCGCGGAGUUUGUGACCACCUCCGGCCUCAUCCCGUCGCCUCCGCCUCCUCCGCCAGGGGCCCUUGUGGCGGCGGGCGCGCUGGUGCCUGCGACGGCUGCGGCGGCUACGGCCGCGGCGGCAGCUGCGGCGCCACCGCUCGCGCUGCGCAUGGCGCCGAGACCGCUCGUGCCACAUCCCCUCGGCCUGGGCGUGGGUGGAGGCGCUCGGCGGGACCUGGUGGCGGUGGUGGCGACGGCGGACCGGGUGCCCGGUGGCGGCGUGGCGGGGCCUUGGGGCGGCGGCGCCUCUGCGGACCGCACCACCCGGGUGCCGCUCACCAGGUGGGAUCUGGACCGCCUGGCCGCUGCCGCCGCCGGCACCGCCGAGCCACCGCCCGCCUGUUUCGGCGCCUUCCUAUCCGAGGUGGACAUGUGGGACGCCGCCGCAUUCGGCAUCAGCCGGGCGGAGGCGGCGCUCAUGGACCCGCAGCAGCGCCUGCUGAUGGACGCCUUCGGCCAGCUGAUGAUGACGCGGCCGCCGCCGCCGCUGCCGUCGCGCCUUGCGGACAGGGCGGCGGUGGCAGGGAUUGUGCCUGGUGUAGGCGGAGGUGGAGGCGGGGCGACGGGCGUGUUUGUGGGGGUGUCGCAGCUGGAGUACGCGCGGAUGACGCUGGAACAGCGCACCGACCUCAACGCCUACUAUGCCACGGGCGCGCACCUGUCCGUCACAUCCGGCCGGCUGUCCUACACCUUUGGCCUGCGCGGCCCCGCCGUGACGGUGGACACCGCCUGCUCCUCAUCGCUGGUGGCGGCGCACCUGGCGGCGGCCUCGCUCCGUGCCGGCGAGUGCGGAGAGGCGGCGGCGCUGGGCGUCAACCUCACGCUCGUCAGCAGCUGGACGCAGGCGUGCCAGCGGGCCGGCAUGCUUGCCGAUGACGGCCGCUGCAAGACCCUGGACGCCUCGGCGGACGGCUACGUGCGGGCGGAGGGCGUGGGAGCCAUGCUGCUGCGGCGGCUGCAGCAGGGACCGCCGCAGGCGGGCGCGGCUGAGGCGGUUGCUGAGGACGGUGGCGGCGCUCCGCUGGCGCUGCUGCUGGGGUCAGCAGUGAACCAAGACGGCCGCAGCAGCAGCCUCACCGCGCCCAACGGCCCCGCGCAGCAGGCGGCCAUCCGCUCCGCCCUCGCCUUGGGCUCCGUGGACGCGGCUGCUGUGUGGGCGCUAGAGAUGCACGGCACUGGCACGCCGCUGGGCGACCCCAUCGAGACCUACGCCGCCGUCAGUGUCUACAUGCAGCAGCAGACGGCGGCCGCGCAGGAGCCCGGCACGCGGCGGGGCCGCGGCGGCCACCAGCCGCUGCAGAUGACGGCGCUCAAGUCGCACAUGGGGCACGCGGAGCCGGCGGCAGCAACCCUGGAGAUGGCCGGCGGCGGCGCCGCCGCCGGCUCGCCCUCCUCCCAGCAGCAGCCCCUGGUGCUGCUGCCGCGCUCCGCCGCCGGCAGUAGCAGCCCCUGGGCGGGCCUGGCGGCGGACGACAGAUGCCCGGAGCUGGCGGUGGUGGGCGUGAGCGCCUUCGCCUUCCAGGGCACCAACGCACAUGCCGUGCUGGGCCCGGCGGCGACCGGUGGCAGCCUCCAGGCAUUCACAGUCCACGACAAUCCGCACCAGCACCCCUACAAGCAGGUGCUUGGGAUGCAGCAGGCGCAGCAGCGGCAGAGGUACUGGGUACACCCACCACUGCACCCCAUGCUCGGCGGCCCACGCCUUGCCGCAAGCGGCACCGCGCUGGUGAUGGAGUGCGUGCUGGCGCUGCCGGGCAGCGGUGGCGGCGGUGGCAGUAGCAGUAGCAGCAGCGGCGGCGCGGUGCUACUGCCGCGCCUGGCCUACCUGCGCGACCACGUGGUGGCGGGCCGGGUGCUACUGCCGGCGGCGGCCAUGGCGGAGCUGUGCCUGGCGGCGGCUGACGUGGCGCUGGAGGACGCCGCCCGGGCGGCUGCUACAGCCGUCGAGGGCGGCGGCACUGCUGCUGCUGCAGCUGGUGCGGGUGCGGGUUCUGGCGGCUGCUGGGGCAUUGGCGGCCUGCGAAUCCUGGCGCCCGUGGUCCUGCCGGCUCUGCCCGCGGGUGCGGGUGCGGGGACGGGCGGCGGCAGCGGCAGUGGCAGUGGUGAGGGCGGCGGCGCGGUGGUGCUCAGCUGCCGUGUGGAUCUGCAGUCGGGCCAGGUCACCCUACACAACCACACCGGGGCGACUGGCAGGGGCGUUGGCGUUGGCGGUGUUGGCGACGGCGGUGGGCGGCUGGUGGCGCGCGGCAGUGUGGCUCGUGCGCGUGCCUGCGCGCCUGCGCCUGCACCGACAUCACCGACAGCAGCCGCAGACAAGGUGGAUGACUCGUCCAACAACGCCCUGCUGCUGCUCCUGGCGUCCAUCCUCUUCUCAUCGCCUGAGGGCAGCAGCAUCCGCGCCAGCGCCACUCCCAUGCCUGGGCCCAUAGGCCAGAUCGCCACUCCCUCUGACGCCGCCGCCGGCGCAGCUGCGGGCGCCUUCUCUGGCAGCACCGCCACGGCUUCUGCGGCGGCAGCCAGGCAGGACGGCUACCUGUCGCACCCGGCUAGUGUCGAUGCCGCAUUCCACCUGGGCGUGCUACAGCCGCCUGCGCCGGGCGCUACAGCCGCCGCCAAGAUUCCUGUGGGCAUUGGCUUCUUCGCCGCACAGCAGCAGCACUUGGGCGGCGGCGCAGGCUGGGGGCAUGGCGGUGAUGUGGGAGCAGCGGCGAAUUCGGCGGCGGCUUUGAAUGGUGCCGGCGAGGCGCUGGGCUGGGCUUGCAUGACGCCGCCACCGGCUCCUGCUGGCGCUGCCUUGUCGGAGGCAGCGGGCGGCAGGAGCAGCAGCAGUGGUGGUGAAAGCGCACGGCGGCGCAGCGUGAGCAGCUUUGCGCUUCUGCCUGAGGGCACCGACAGUGCUUGCGGCGCUGCGUCAGUGGUGAUCAGCGGCCUUGAGACGGUGGAGCUGCAGCUGCCGGCGGCCGGGGCUGUGGCUGCGGCUACGGCCGCUGCUACAGCCACCGCUACAGCCUCUCCCGGCCGGCCUUCCACACAAGCUGAGGCAGCAGCAGCUGCAGCCGAAGCGGCUGCGCUUUACGGAACGCAGCUGCUGGUCACGAGCCCGGCCGCCGCCAGCGCCGUGGCGGAUGCUGCUGGUGACGGCCUGCCGAUACCACUGCUGCCACGCAGGUCCCAUCCGGUCGCGCAGCUGCAGGUGCAGGGCCUGCAGCGCGCCGCGGCGGCCGGCGGAGCGACGAGCGGCGGCGUAGUGGCCAUCGCAGCCGCCAUCAGUGGCGGCGCGGGGGCGGGCGGCCUGAGCGGCUCCCUCGGGGAGGCUGCGGCAGCAGCGGCUGUGGACGGUGUGCUCCGGACUGCGGCGUCUGAGAUGGCGGCCGUGCCCAUGGCGCUGACGGCGGCGGCGCUGCAACCCACAAGCGGCAGUCGUGGCGCCGGGGGCGGCGUUGCAGAGGCCGCCGCCCUCAGCCGCCCGCAACCCUCCCAGGCCAUGUCCGGCGGGGUCCUGGCCGCGGCGGCGCUGCCCUCCGGCGCCCACGGCCCUCUGGCGCUGCGGCAGCUGCUGCCGGCGUCCGGCUCUUCGCUUCCCACCGCCACCACCACCACGGCGGCUAUCUCCAGCCCUGGUGUCGACGCGAUCCCUGGCCUUGCCAUUGGAGGCGGCGUCAUCCAGCCUGAGUCCUACCACAUGGAGGCCCGGCCCCGCGGCGCCUUCUCCAACCUGUGCAUCGUGCCCACGGCGCCGGCGCCCGACGGCGUGGCGGCCGCCGGCUGCGGCCGCGGGCAGGUGGCCAUCAGCGUCAAGGCCGUGGGCCUCAACUUCCGGGACGUGCUCAACGUGCUGGGCAUGUACCCGGGAGACCCCGGAGCGCCCGGCAGCGAUGUGGCCGGCGUGGUGCAGAGCGUGGGCUGGCCCGCUGCUGCCGGCGGCUCCGGCGCCGGCCCCCGCCUGAAGGUCGGCGACGCGGUGUUUGGCCUGGCGCACGGCUGCCUGGGGUCGCACGUGGUGGGCCCCGCCAACCUGCUGGCGCCCCUGCCGCCGCACGUGUCCUUCGCAGAGGCAGCCACCCUGCCCACGGUGUUCAUCACGGUGGUGGCAGCACUGCGCGCGGCGGCGGCGUUGCAGCCUGGAGAGCGGGUGCUCCUGCACGCCGGCGCAGGCGGCGUGGGCCUGGCGGCGGCGCAGGUAGCCACGGCCCUGGGUGCGGAGGUGGUUGCGACGGCGGGCAGCCCCGCCAAGCGCGCACUGCUGCGGCGGCAGGGCAUUCGCCACGUGGCCAACAGUCGCGACCUGAGCUUCGCGGAGGAGGUUGUGACGGCCACGGGAGGCCGCGGCGUGUGUGUGGUGCUGAACAGCCUGACCAGCCCGGGCAUGGUGGGCGCGAGCCUGUCUGCCGUGUCUCGCGGCGGUCGCUGGGUGGAGAUCGGCAAGCGCGACAUCUGGUCGGCUGCGCGCGUGUCGGGCGAGCGUCCGGACGUGCGCUACGGCCUGCUCGCGGUGGACUUCAUGCCGUGCAAGGUCCUGCACGCCGCGCUCCUAGAGGUGGCGGCGCUGCUGGCCACACGCGCCAUCCGCCCGCUACGCACCCUGGCCUACCCGCUCGCCUCCGUGGCCACCGCACUCCGCGCCCUGGCCCAGGCCUCCCAUGUCGGCAAGGUGGUCGCCUACGCGCCCCUCGCCGCCGCCCCCAGCGCCGCCAGCCCGGGCGCCGGCGCCGGACUGGCCCGCGGCGCCCGUGUGCUCAUCACUGGCGGCACCGGCGGCCUGGGGCUGCUGGUGGCGAGGUGGCUGGCGGGCGGCGGCGGCGGCGUGCGCGUGGCGGAGCUGUGCCUGGUCAGCCGCAGCGGCCGAGUGGCGGCCGGUGGUGGAGGUGGAGGUGGUGGUGGAGGUGGCAAGGGAGAGGGAGAGGCGGUGGAGGAUGCGUUUGCUUGGGCGGUGCAGUGCGGCGUCAGUGUCCGCGUCGCGGCCGCGGACGUGGCGUGCGCUGAGGACGCCGCCGCCCUGUGGUCGUCGUCAGACGGCGUGACGUCACCCGCUGCAGCCACGGGGCUCCCCACCGCCGCCUCCCGCCGCGGCUGGGACGCGGUGUUCCACGCCAGUGGCGCCCUGGCCGACCGCAUGCUGCCGCGCCAGAGCCUGGCAGCAGCGCGCACGGUCGCUGCGCCCAAGCUCACCGCUGCCCACAAGCUCUUCGGCGGCGGGGAUGGCGGCGGCGGCAGCGGCGGGCUGCAUGCCCACGGCGCGCCUCUGGGCCGUGUGGUGUUGUUCUCCUCCGUGGCUGCGCUCAUCGGAGCGGCGGGGCAGGCCAACUACGUCGCCGCCAACGCCGGACUGGACGCCGCCGCGGAGGCGUGGAGCUCGGCAGGCCACGACGUGACGGCGGUGCAGUGGGGCGCCUGGACCAGCGCCGGCAUGGCCUCCGCGGCGGUGCUGGGGCGCCUGCAGCGCACCGGGCAGGGCGCGCUGCCGCCGGCGGUGGGGCUAGCGGCUCUGGCGACCGUGUUGCGCGGCCUGAGCCUGCAGCAGCCCACGGCCGGGCCCGCGCCGCCGCUGGCGCUGGCGGCGCUGCCGCCGCGCGUGGUCACCGUGAACCCCUUCGUAUGGGAGAAGUACCUGCAGACGGUAGGGGGCAGCAGCAGUGCUGCUGUUGCCGAUGGCAGUAGCACCUGGCCGCACCCGCUGUACGCCUUCUUCGCAGACGCUGUAGCAGAGCGCCGCCGCCGCCAGGAGCAACAUGAGCGCGAGCAGCAGGCGGUGACAGCCGCCGCCGCCACCACCACCGCCACUGGCACACCUGUGGACCCGACUGGACGGCUACAGCCGUCAUCGCCACAGGUGCUACAGCCACCACCGCUGCGCUACAGCCGCGAGGCGGUGCGGCGCGAGGUGCAGGGGGCACUGGCGGAGGUGCUGGGGGCGCCGCUGCCGGACUCCGAGCCGCUCAUGUCGGCAGGCGGUCUGGACAGCCUGGGGGCGGUGGAGUACGUCAACCUGUUGGGCCGGCGGCUUGGCGGCGCCGUGCCGCUGCCGGCCACACUCAUCUUUGACUACCCCACGCCCGCCGCCAUCACCAACUACCUCAGUGACAAGCUAGCGGCGGCAGCCGCUGCGGCAGCUGCAAUAGUUCAGCCUAGGCCUGCAGCCACAGCCAAGGCGGCGAGCGCAGCCGCAGCCGCUGCAGCCGCAGCCGCCGCCACGGGCAUUGGCGGCGAUGCGGACUUCCUGCAGCAGCUGCUGGAGCCGCCGACCGACCAGCCGCCGACACUCGCGGCAGGCCUGGCGCCGCCUGCUGCGGCCCGGCUGGCCCUGCCGCCGCCGCCGUGGGCGCUCCCGCAGGCGCACCUGCGGCUGCAGGUGCCGGUGGUGGGCGUGCUGAGCCUUGAGAUGGCACCACUCAUGCCCACAGCGACAACCGCCUCUGUCUUCGCUUCCUCCUUCGCCCGCGCCUCCAGCAGCCACAUGGCGGCGCCCUCCGCCGUGCCGCUGGCCGACACGCUGCGCUCCAUCCCGCUGCAGCGCUGGGACCGCACGGCCGCCGCCGACCCGCUGCUGGCAGACGCCCUCGGCAGCGGCGCUGCUGACGCCGCCACACAGCAGCUACAGCCGCAGCAGCUACUGCCGGCCCAGUUCGGCGGCUUCCUGGCGGGCGUGGAGGACUUUGACGCGGCCGUGUUCGGGCUGUCGGCCGGCGAGGCCGCCGCCAUGGACCCCCAGCACCGCCUGCUGCUACAGCUCGCAGUCACCGCUUCCGCCUCCGCUUCCUCCGCUUCCGCCAGCGCUGCUGCUACUGCCGCCGGCGCAGAGGCUGUAGCUGCAGCCGCUGCUACAGCCGCCGCCAGGCGGGGUGUGUUCCUGGGCAUUUCUUGGACUGAGUAUCACGCCCUGUCGCGGGCGCACGGCUCGGCGGCUGCGGCGGGCCCGUACGCUGCGCAGGGCGCGGUGCUGUCGGUGGCGGCGGGCCGCAUCGCCUACCACCUGGGACUGGGCGGCCCCGCCAUGGCUGUGGACACCGCUUGCAGCAGCAGCCUGGUGGCGACGGCCCUCGCUCGUGGCUACCUCACCGCCCCCACCACCACCACUGCCACUGUAUCCUUCACCAAUUCGCAGCAGCUGCAGCAGUAUGAGUCGGCUGGGAUUGGGGCUGGAGUGGCAGAAGCAUUGAGUGGUGCUACAGCCCUGGUGGGCGGUAUCAACAUGAUGCUACUGCCGUCCACCACAGCCAUGUUCCAGACGGCGGGCAUGCUGUCACCUGACGGCCGCUGCAAGGCGCUUGACGCAGCUGCAGACGGUUACGUGCGCUCAGAGGCGGCGGUGAUGAUGAUGCUGGCAGCUAUGGGCUCGCAGGUCGGCGGUGCGGGCUCAGCUGCGGGCCCGAAGGCUCUGCUGCUGGGCGCUGCUGUGAACCAGGACGGGCGCAGCAGCAGCCUCACUGCGCCCAACGGCCCCGCGCAGCAGUCGCUGCUGCGGCAGGUGCUGAGGGAGGCAGGCCUGACGCCGGCGGCUGUGGCAGCGCUGCAGCUGCACGGCACAGGCACGCCGCUGGGCGACCCCAUUGAGGUCGGCGCAGCCCUCGAGGUCUUUGCCGCCGCCGCCAACUGCACCAGCGCCCAGCAGGGUACCGGUGAUGCUGCUACUGCUGCUGCUACUGCCACUGCGCGGCGCCAGCAGCAGCUGCAGCUGCUCGCCGCCAAGUCGGUGCUGGGUCACGCUGAGCCGGCGGCGGGGCUGUCGGGCGCUGCCUUCACCCUGUGGCAGCUGCAGCAGCGGGAGCUCGUGCCGGCGCUGCACCUGCGCACACCGAACCCUCACGUCGCGGCCGCCCUGGAGGCUGCGGCGGCGACGGCGGGCGCUGCGGCGGCGGUAGCGGGCAUGCCGCGUCAGCCCCAGCCGCUGGGCAUAGCUGCCGCGGAGCGAGAGGAAGAGGGGCAGCGCGCGCUGGAGGCGCUCUUUGGCGUCAGCGCCUUCGCCUUCCAGGGCACCAACGCGCACGCGCUGCUGGCGGCAGCGCCGCAGCCGACCGGACCGCCUGCCGAUGAUUACGAGGCACAGCGGCUGCGCUCUGCGGCGUCGGCGUCGGCGUCUGCUCCCCUGUGGCGGCCCAGCCGCACCUGGGUGCACCCGCCGCCCGACCCCUGGUGUGGCCGCUUCCUCUUCGCCAGCACGCCCAAGAGCCUGGUGACCUCUGCUACAGCCACCCUCCGCAGCCGCGGAGUCGGCGGCAGUAGCAGCAGCAGCAGCGUGGCGGUGCUUGAGACGGUCAUCAGCAGCGCCCGCCACGCACGAAUGUGGGACCACCGUGUGGCCGGCGCAGCGCUACUGCCGGCGGCGGCCUUCCUGGAGGUCGGCCGCGCCGCCGCCGCCAGCCUGCUACUGCCGACUGCUACAGCCUCCACCGCCGCUGCCAUGCUGGCGCUGGUGGGCGUCUCCAUCCCAGCGCCGCUGCUACUGCCAGAGGGCAACCUGCAUCAGGCCCGCGGCCCCACCACCAGCAGCAGCAGCAAGGAGGCAGGCGGCAAGGGUCAUGGCCGCGUGGUGGUGAGCUGCGAGGUGGACCUGGCGAGUGGCCGCGUGUGCGUGUUCACCGCGCCGCGCCGCCGCGACGGCCAGGCCGGGAGCCUGCAGCACCUGCAGCAGCAGAAGACCACGCACCUCACCGCCGGCAUCGCCAUCCUGGACACCACCACCACCAGCGGCAGCACCGGCCCGGCGGGCGCCGGCAGCAAUAACGCGGACCCCCUGGCUGCGCUGUGCCGUACCCUAUUCGGCGCCGCUGUCACGGCAGGCGGCGCGGACGCCAGCAGCGCUGCCGUCGCUGCGGCUGUGGCGGCGCCCAGCACCACCUCGGUGGACGGCGAGGACGUGGCGCCGGGCGGUGUGGACCCCGCGCGCCUGGACUGCGUGCUACAGCUGGGCGCACUGUCGGCGCUGCUGGCGGGCUGCGGCACCGACCUGCGGGUGCCUGCAGCCCUGGCCGCCUACUGCCCCACAACCGCGCGGCAGACGCCGGCGCUGACGCCGGCGCCGCCUGGGUCAGCGCCGCCACCUGAUGCUGGGGGACCAUCGGGCACAACAGAGAUGCACGCCGUGGGCCGCGUGCGGCCCGGCGCCAGUGGUGCCCUGGCUGUGGUGGACUUUGCGUCAGCGGGCGCGUGCGCCAUCCACGGCCUGGAGGCGCGGCGUGUGCAGCCGCGGGCGCUGAUCGCCACGGCCGCCGCAACGGCUGCCGCUGCCGCGGCUGCUGCCCCGGCCCCAGGGGCGGCCCUGGCGCGCCAGGGCAGCACCGCCGCCUCCAUCCCGCCAGCCGCCCGGAGCGCCCACACACCCUUGGCGCAGCCGCAGCGUCCGCCGGUGGCGGGUGGCGAGGCAGAGGAGGAGCUGGCCGAGGUCCUGUACCGCGCGGUGCCCUCCGCCUUUGAACCCCACGUGGACAGGGCGGACAGGGUCGCCGUGCCCGGCGCUGCGCCGUCUGUCAUGCAGCUGCGCGUCGAGGGCGCCGGCGGCGCGGCGGGCGUGGCCUUUGCCGCGCUGGGCCUGGCUCAGCAGGCCGUUGCCGCUGCCGUGCCAGGCAUCCGCAUUGAGGUGCAGUCCCGCGACAGUGGCGUCAGCGCUACGGCUGCUGUGACGUUUGAGGGCGGCGUUCCCGCGCUCCUGCGCACAAUGGAGGCGGAGACGGGCUUGCCGUGCAGUGCCUGCGUUGUUGCCAGCAGCGGCGGCGGCCAAGACAGCAGCAGCGGCCACGAUACGGAUGGCAAGGAGGUUACAAGUCGGCCCUCGCAGGCAGAUGCUUGCCGGGUGGUGGUGCACGCCACUGCUUUGGCUCCAGGCGAGGACGCGUAUGGCGCGGCCCGGGAUGCGGGGCUGCUGUUGCGCGAUGUGCUGGUGCCGGCGCCACUGGCGCCAGGCGGAGAGGCCUUCCUGCAGCCCGGUGGCGACUUCCAGCUGCUGCCGCGCCCCCGCGGCGCUCUCAGCAACCUAGUGCCGCAGCCCCUGACCGCGCCGGACAUCGACUCAGUGGCUUUGGCUUCAGCUGUGCCUGCCGGCAAGGUGGCCAUGCGCGUGCGCGCCGUGGGCCUCAACUUCCGGGACGUGCUCAACGUGCUGGGCAUGUACCCGGGAGACCCCGGAGCGCCCGGAGGAGAUUGCGCAGGAGUGGUCGUGGCGGCAGGGCCUAGCAACGCCACAGACGCACAACCCUCGCGGCUCGCGCCCGGCACUGCUGUGUUUGGCCUGGCUGUGGGCAGCCUAGGCACGCUGGUGCAUGCCAGCGCGCAGACGCUGGUGGCCAUGCCUGGCUGCCUGAGCUUCGAGGAGGCCGCUUCUAUGCCCACCGUCUUCAUCACCGCGCAGCAGGCGUUUGCGCAGGCGGCUGCGCUUCAGCCUGGCCAGCGCGUGCUGCUGCACGGCGCCGCGGGCGGCGUGGGCCUUGCGUCUCUUCAGGUGGUGGGCGCUAUGGGCGGCGAGGUUGUGGCUACGGCCGGCAGCCCGUCUAAGCGCUCGCUGCUUCGUCGCCUGGGCGUGCGUCACGUGUCCAGCAGCCGCGACCUGGGCUUUGUGGAGGAGCUGACGGCGGCGGCUGGCGGCAGCUCAGGCGGCGGCUGUGUGGACGUGGCUUUGAACACGCUGACCAGCCCUGGCCUGGUGUCUGCUACGCUGGCCCUGCUUCGUCGCGGUGGUCGCUUUGUGGAGAUCAGCAAGCGCGACGUGUGGUCUGUGCGUCGCCUGCAGUCAGAGCGUCCUGACGUGUGCGGCAGCUUUGUGGCCGUGGACUUCCUUCCCGAUGCGGCCGUGCAGAGCGCCAUGCGCCGCGUGGCUGCGGGCGUGGCUGGCGGCCUGCUUCGUCCUCUGCCUGUGGCCGCGCACUCGCUGUCAUCUGCUUCCUCUGCGCUUCGUCAGAUGUCGCAGGCUCGUCACGUGGGCAAGGUGGUGGUGUUCAACCCGGCACCGGCGGCGCUAGCUACAGCCAUUGCCGCCGCGCCCUCGGCACCCGUGCUCAUCACCGGUGGCCUAGGGUCUCUGGGCCUGCUGACGGCGACGUGGCUGCUGGGACAGGGCGUGCGGCGCCUGCACCUCGCCGGUCGCUCCGGCCGCCCCGCGCCCGGCUCCGCCGCGGAGGCCGCCCUGUGCGCGCUUCUGCAGCAAGGGCAGCGCCACGGCGCCCUGAUCACCAUCUCCGCUGGAGACGCGGCCGCCACCGGCGACCAGCCGCACCUCCUGUUGCAGCCUGGCAUCGGCGGCAGCGGCCUAGUCGGUAUGGGUGGCGUCGCGGCAGUGUUCCACGCUGGCGGCGUGCUGGCUGACUCGACACUGGGCCGCCAGUCGGCUGCCGCGUUGCGGGCCGUGGCUGGUGCCAAGGGAGCCGCCGCCGCCAUGCUGCGCCGCCUCGGCGGCGCCGCCCCCGUCACCCAGCACGUGUUCUUCUCCUCCGUGGCCUCGCUGCUGGGCUCCGCCGGACAGGCCAGCUACAGCCUCGCAAACGGCGCCCUGGACGCGCUUGCUACAGCCAGCCAGUCCACGGGCGUGUGUGCUACAGCCGUGCAGUGGGGCGCAUGGGCGGGCGGCGGCAUGGCAGCGGAGAACGCGGCUGUAGCACGCAAGGUGGCGCGCCUUGGCAUGGCCAUGCUACAGCCGGUGGCGGGCCUGGCGGCGCUGGAGCGCCUGCUGCGGGCAUGCGUGCCGCCGUCGGUAGCGGCGGUGGUGCCAUUCCGGCCGGCGCGCCUGCUAGCGAGCGUGCGGUCGAGGCGCCGUCCUGCUGCUACGACGCCGGCCGCUGGUGGCUCGGAUGCCGCCGCGGCGGUCCCGGUUCCGGUCAUGUUUCAGUACUUCGAAGAGCGCGUGCAGAGCAGUGGGGGGUUGGGAGCUCAUCCAAGUGGCGAACCCCUGUUGCAGCGGCAGCAGCGGGAGGCGGAGGCGGCCAGGGCGCUGGAGGAGGCGUUGUUGGGCCUGGUGCUGUCGGCUGUGUCAGACAUCGCUGGCGCCGCGGUGGCCCCCGACGCGCCCCUGAUGGGCUCCGGCGGCCUGGACAGCCUGGGGGCUGUGGAGCUGCGCAACGCACUGGAGGCGCGGCUGGGGCUGCAGCUGCCCGGCACGCUCGUGUUCGACUACCCCACGCCCACAGCCAUCGCGGCCUACGUGGCGGAGCGUGUGGCUCCGGUGGCCUCGCAGGCGCCUGCUGCUUUCCCGCCGCCGCCCACCUCGCAGCCAGACCUUUGGUAUGAGCCGGACGAUGACAUCCGUGAUCCAGCGUCACCAACACUGUCAUCCACCGUGGACGUCACGGCAGCAGUGCUGGACGCACUGUCAGAGGUGCUCGGCAGUAGCGCAGCAGCAGCAGUAGCAGCUGAUGCGCCGCUCAUGGCCGCAGGGCUGGACAGCCUGGGCGCGGUGGAGCUGCGCAACACGCUGCAGGCGACCUUCCGGGUAGCGCUGCCCCCCACGCUGGCGGUUGACUACCCCACGCCCGCCACCAUUGCUAAGUUGAUCGCCUCACGCCUGCCGCAGCAGCUGCAGCAGCACCCGGCUGCGGCUACCAGCACCGCCGCCAGCCGCCGUCAGCAGGCCGCUGCAGGCGCUGGGACACCCGGCUCCUUCCAGCACCCGCCUCCAGGCCCUGUGGCGCGGAUGCCGUCAGGCGCCAGCCGCCGGCCGCCCUCAUUUGCCGCCUCCAUCCUGAGCCUGGCCGUUUCCCUGCCUGCCAGCAAAACCAACCACAACAUCAACGGCAGCCACAGCAUUCUCACUGGCGCGGCAACAGCUGCAGGCGCCGCAGCCGCCGUGGACGCCAUCACCGCGGUGCCGUACAGCCGCUACGACACAGACGGCGGCGACGCCAGCCGCGGCGCGGCGGCGGCGGCUGGCGGCGCCGUGGCGGCACUGUUUGAGGGCUCGCCACCGGCGCGCUUCGGCGGCUGGCUGGGCGGCGUGUCCGCCUUUGACGCCGCCGCCUUCGGCCUCAGCGAUGCCGAGGCCGCCGCCAUGGACCCGCACCAGCGUCUGCUCAUGGCGUGUGCGGCGGAGGCGCUCCGCGCCGCCGACACGAGUCCGGCAUCAUCAUCAUCGUCACCGGGAGGCGUGGUGCUGCAACGUGAUCGUUGCGGCGUGUUCAUCGGCACCUCGGCCCUGGACUACGGCAAGCUGGCUGCGCGCAUCCAGUGGCGGUCGGGACGUGGCCGCCGUGCAGGCGGCCCCGCGCCGCCGUCCGUGUACGAUGCCACGGGCAGCCUGUCGCUGUCGGUCGCCUCCGGCCGGCUGUCCUACACCUUUGGCCUGCGCGGCCCCGCCGUGACAGUGGACACCGCCUGCUCCUCGUCGCUGGUGGCGGCACACGCGGCCAUGGCGGCGCUGGCUCUGGACUUCAGACAGCAGCCGUACAUCAGUGCUGGCGAGUACGAGGACCGUACAGGUGGUGGCGGCGGCGGCGGUGCGGCCGGAUGCGGUGUGGCACUGGCGGGCGGAGCCAACCUGAUGCUCAUCCCCGACACACCCGCCAUGUUCCACAAAGCAGGCAUGCUGUCACCCGACGGCCGCUGCAAGACGCUGGACGCCUCGGCAGACGGCUACGUACGGGCGGAGGCGGUGGGCGUGAUGUGUCUGGCCCCACUGCAGCCGCAGCAGCACGCGGGCCGCAGUGGCGGCGGCGGCGCUCCGCUGGCACUGCUGCUGGGCGCGGCUGUGAACCAGGACGGCCGCAGCAGCAGCCUCACCGCGCCCAACGGCCCCGCGCAGCAGGCAGUGCUGCGUGCAGCGCUGCACGCGGCAGCGCUCUCACCACAGGCCGUCGCAGCGCUCUCCAUGCACGGCACUGGCACACCGCUAGGCGACCCCAUUGAGGUGGGCGCCGCCCUCGCCGUCCUCAACACCCAUAACAACAGCUCCAAGCUGGCAGCGGGCGCCAGCAGCCUCGCCAAGCCCCUGCGCGGCGCCCGGGCUCUCCUGUCCUCCAAGUCCAGCUACGGCCACGCGGAGCCCGGAGCGGGCAUGGUGGGCAUCGCCACGGCACUGCGAGCGGCGGCGGGCGCGGCCGCGCCGGCGCUGACGCACCUGCGCGACCUGAACGAACACGUGGCCGUCAGCCUGAUGGAGGCGGGGGCGGCGGCGGGCGUGGCCGCGGGCGCGGCGUGGUCGCUGCCCCGGCAGCCGCAGCCGCUGCUGUGGGACGCCUCACAAGAGGCUGGCGGCAGCAGCGCGGGUGCCAGUACCGCGGCGGCAGCCGGGGGCGUACCGAAAAGCUUGGGCGGAGAGGAGGAGCUGCUCUGCGUCGGCGUCAGCGCGUUCGCGUUCCAGGGUACCAACGCGCACGUGCUGGUAGCGUCCAGUGGCGGCAGCAAUGCUAUCAACCAGCAGGCUGCGGCUGUGAAGCAGCAGCACAGCAACAAUGGCAGCAGCGCGCUGAUGUGGCGCAAGCAGCAUCAGUGGCUGCACCCGCCGCCGCUCGUGCUGGUCGAGGCGGUGGCCAUCCCAGCGCCCGCACCCGCGGCAGCAGUAGCAGCAUCCGCCGCAACCGCUACAGCCGUGUUUGAGUGCGCCGUCAGCCGCACCUCGCGUCUGGCCGCGGUGUGGGACCAUGUGGUGCGCGGGCGGGCGCUCUUCCCAGCGGCUGGGUUCGUGGAGAUGGCGAUGGGCUGCAUGGCGUCGCUUGUCCAGCAGCAGCAGCAACAGCAACAGCAGCAAAUGACUGCUGCAGCCAUAAGCACCGGCGCGACGGCUGUCGCCUUCACCGGGGCCACCAUCCCCGCACCGCUGGUGCUGCCCCCGCUGGCCUCGUCAUCAGCGGGCAGCCGGGCAGGCAGCGGCGGCGACAGCAGCAGCACCGUGGUGCUGCUGCGCUGCGGCGUGUCGCUCGCCACCGGGCGCCUGGCCAUCCGCUCCGAGCAGCGGCAGCUGCUACAGCCAACUGGUGAUGGCAUUACCGCGGCGGCGGGCGCUGCAGUCUCGCGUGUGGUGGUGCACUUCAGGGCGCAGGCUGUCCUGGUCCCAGCGGCGGCUGAGCCCAGCGGGAUUUAUGCACAGGCGGGUGCCAGCCAAGCAACGGAGGCGGCCUUUACGAGCAGGCAGCGCGACGUGCUGCUCUGCGCGCUGCUCAACGCAUUGGGCCUGCGCGUGACCGACGCCGCCAUGGCUACCGGCAGCGGCAGCAGCAACGGUGGCGGCGGGGCGGCGGUUGCGCAGCUGGACGGCAGCGGCAGCAGCGACGGCUUCCUGCUUCAUCCCGCCCUGCUGGACAGCGGUCUGCAGGUUGCGGGCGCCAUAUCCACCACACCCUCCACUGCCUCCGCUUUAGCCGGCGCUGGCAGCAGCGCAGCCGGCCCGGAACCAGCUCGCGCUGCGCUGCGCGUGCCGGCGGCUAUCGGCGCCGUGCGCAUGCCGUUGGAUCCUGAGGGUGCCGCCGGCAUUGGUGCCAGCGGCGCAACUGGCAGCGGCGCGGGCAGCGGCGCGGCAGCCGCAGGGGCCUGGGUGGUGGCGCGCGAGCAGUCCUCCAGUGCAUGGAGCGGGUCGACAGCAACAGCAACAGCAGCAGCCGGCGGCAAUGGUGGUGAGGGCGCCGCGACGGGUGACGCGUGCUGGGACUACAGCUUCCGUGCGGGUGACGGCAGCAGUGGUGGCGGUGGUGGCGAGGGCGGCGCGGUGCUGUGCAGCAUCCAGGGCCUCAUUGCCAAGGAGGUGCGCAGCAGCGGCAGCGGCAGCGCAGCCGUUGGCGCCACUGCAACAGCAGCUGCGGCUGGACCGGCUCCGAGUGAUGCCAAGGGCACCAGCACCAGCACCAGCAGCGCAGGCGGACAGGGAAUGCUGUACACAUCCCACUACCUUGUCAGCGAGCCUGAGGAAGUCACCGGGCGGGGCAUACUUGCUUCCGCCCUGCCAAACGAAACUUCGCUGCACCUAGCGACGCCAGCAGCCUCAUACGCAGCAGCCUCCGCCAUCCCAGUCGCCGCCGCCGCGGCCUUGUCAGCGCUGCAAGGCGCGCCCGAUCGCUCGCCACUGACGCUCUCUGCCCACGUUGCCCCAAGCCGCCUCGGGCUGUCGCCUGACGGGCUGGUCAGCAGCGCACUCGGCGGCAUCGCGCGCUCACUGGCGCUGGAGCAGAGCCAGCGGGGCGUGGCCGUUGCCGCCACCAAUGCUGACGCGCUAUCGGCGCGCAUGGAACCUUCGGUCGCCAUCAGUCUGGGGGCUCCUGCGGGCGACGUCUUCGGGUGGCGCAGCAGGAGCGGUCUCGUGGCUAUGCAACAGCUGCAAUCAGCAGCGCAGGCAGUGUCCGGCGGCGACUUCCAGCUGCUGCCGCGCCCCCGCGGAGCCCUCAGCAACCUAGUGCCGCAGCCCCUGACCGCGCCGGACGUUGGUUCGACGGCGGCGGCAUCCGCUGUGCCUGCCGGCAAGGUGGCCAUGCGCGUGCGCGCCGUGGGCCUCAACUUCCGGGACGUGCUCAACGUGCUGGGCAUGUACCCGGGAGACCCUGGAGCGCCCGGAGGAGAUUGCGCAGGAGUGGUGGUGGCGGCAGGACCUAGCAUCAGCGGCACAGACGCGCAGCCCUCGCGGCUCGCGCCCGGCACUGCUGUGUUUGGCCUGGCUGUGGGCAGCUUGGGCACGCUGGUGCAUGCCAGCGCGCAGACGCUGGUGGCCAUGCCCGGCUGCCUGAGCUUCGAGGAGGCCGCCUCCAUGCCCACCGUCUUCAUCACUGCGCAGCAGGCAUUUGCGCAGGCGGCUGCGCUUCAGCCUGGCCAGCGCGUGCUGCUGCACGGCGCCGCGGGCGGCGUGGGCCUUGCGUCUCUUCAGGUGGUGGGCGCUAUGGGCGGCGAGGUAGUGGCUACGGCCGGCAGCCCGUCUAAGCGCUCUCUGCUUCGUCGUCUGGGCGUGCGUCACGUGUCCAGCAGCCGCGACCUGGGCUUUGUGGAGGAGCUGACGGCGGCGGCUAGCGGCAGCUCAGGCCGCGACGGUGGCUGUGUGGAUGUGGCUUUGAACACGCUGACCAGCCCUGGCUUGGUGUCUGCUACGCUGGGCCUGCUUCGUCGCGGCGGCCGCUUUGUGGAGAUCAGCAAGCGCGACGUGUGGUCUGUGCGGCGCCUGCAGUCGGAGCGUCCGGACGUGUGCGGCAGCUUUGUGGCCGUGGACUUCCUUCCCGAUGCGGCCGUGCAGAGCGCCAUGCGCCGCGUGGCUGCGGCCGUGGCUGGCGGCCUGCUUCGUCCUCUGCCUUUGGCCGCGCACUCGCUGUCAUCUGCUUCGUCAGCGCUUCGUCAGAUGUCUCAGGCUCGUCACGUGGGCAAGGUGGUGGUGUUCAACCCGGCGCCUGCGCCUCAGCUGAGCAGCCCUGCUGGCCGUGUGGUGAUCACCGGCGGUCUGGGGUCUCUGGGUCUGCUGCUGGCCGGCUGGCUGUCUCGCCAGCACGCUCGCUGCCGCAUCCAGCUGCUGGGCCGCAGCGGCCGCGCGGACGGCGGUGCUGGUACUGCUGGGCCUCUGGAGUCUCUGCUUGGCGGCGCGCAGGGCAUGGUGGAGGUGUGCAAGGCGGACGUGAGCUUGGCUGCGGACUGUGCGGCUGUGUUCGGUGCCCAUGCCAGCGACUGUGGCAGUCCCGUGCUUGCAGUGCUGCACGCGGGCGGUGUGCUUGCGGACUCUGUCCUGCGCAACCAGACGGCCUCGGCCGCCCGACGCGUGUUUGCGCCCAAGCUCGCGCAGCUGGGCCGCUGGGCUGGCGCCGUGGGCCUUCAGCCGUGUGGCGGCGUGGGCAGCAGCGGCUGUGCUCACGUGCUGUUCUCGUCUGUGGCGUCGCUGCUGGGCUCUCCGGGCCAGGCCAACUACGCGGCUGCCAAUGCGGGGCUGGACGCCGCGGCGACAGCGUUGUCGUCUGCUGGACUGGGCUUUGUGUCUGUGCAGUGGGGCGCGUGGGCCGGCGGCGGCAUGGCGGCCGCGGACUCGCAGACGGCUGCCCGCGUGAAGCGCAUGGGCAUGUCUCUGAUCCAGCCUCAACAGGGCUUGGCAGCUCUGUGCGCUGCGCUGGGCGGUCUCAGCGGCGCCGGCAGCCCGGCUGCCUCAUUCUCUGGCGUCGGCGUCGGCGUGGUGGCUGCUGUUCCUUUCAACUGGCCAGUGUUCCUGCAGCGCCGCAAGACACCCAGUGCGUUCUUUGCAGCUGUUGGGAAGGGCGGCAACACGACAGUUUCACCGUCGGCCGCUGAGAAGCAACAUGUCUCAGUGCCCGGCGGCGCAACCACGCCAAAAGCAGCACCUGCAACUGCAGCCGCCUCGCAAGCGUCUGCGCAGCAGUUGCUGGUGGAGGUGCAGGACGCAGUCAGCGGCGUGGUAGGCGGCGCACUUGCCCCCGACGCGCCCCUUAUGGGCUCUGGCGGCCUGGACAGCCUGGGGGCGGUGGAGCUGCGCAACGCACUGGAGGCGCGGCUGGGGCUGCAGCUGCCCGGCACGCUCGUGUUCGACUACCCCACGCCCGCAGCCAUCGCGGCCUACGUGGCGGAGCGCAUUGCGACACGGCAGGGGCCAUCGAGUCUUGCUGUUGAAGGUGGCCGGGCCGCAGCGGCAGGCAUGUCCGACAUCCUAACGGAUGCAGAGGACCCAGAUGCAGACCUGCUCUUCGGUGGUAGCAGCAGCCUCGCACUGGCAAAGAGGCAGCCACUGGCAGCCAUGGCGCCCGCCGCGGCGCGUGCCGCGCCGUUGCCUGGCGGCGCAGAGGCGCGGCUCAUCGGCAGCAGCGCCAUUCGGCGGUCAACAUCGGCCGCGGUGGUGCUUGGCCUGUCACAGCGCUUCCCUGGCGAGGGCGGCCCGGCGGCGGUGUCGCAAGCUGUGGACGCCGUUGGCUGCAUUCCGCUCAACAGGUGGGACGUGGAGGCGCUGCGUCUCGGCGGCGCGGCGGGCAGCGAGCCGCCGGUGGUGGUGCCCUUCAGCGCACUGAUGGGCGGCGUGGAGGUCUUUGACGCCGCCGCCUUUGGCAUCAGCGGCCCCGAGGCUGCGCUGAUGGACCCGCAGCAGCGCCUGCUGCUUGAGUGCGCCGCGGAGGUGCUUGCCGGAAGUGCCGGAGCUGCGGCCGCCGCUGCCGGGCACCAGAGGGCAGCGGCUGCUGCGGGAGGGGUCAUCACGGCAGGGCCCGAUGUCAGGGCGUGGCUUGCGGCAUGCGGCGCCUUUGUGGGCGUGUCCUCUCAGGACUACCGCGCCCUGACACAAAGGGUCGCCCCCAACACAACAUCAUUCAAUGCAACGGCAUCAGCGCUCUCGGUGGCCUCUGGCCGGCUGUCCUACACCUUUGGCCUGCGGGGCCCCGCCGUGACGGUGGACACCGCCUGCUCCUCAUCGCUGGUGGCGGCGCAUGCGGCCAUGGCGGCGCUGGCGCUCGGGCAGUGCGGCGGCGCUCUGGCGGGCGGUGCCAACCUAAUCUUGUCUCCGGAGACGCCGCUGCACUUCCAGCGGGCGGGCAUGCUGUCGCCCGACGGCCGCUGCAAGACGCUGGACGCUUCGGCAGACGGCUACGUGCGGGCGGAGGCGGUGGGCGUGAUGUGUCUGGCCCCACUGCAGCCGCAGCAGCACGAGGGCAGUAGUGGCGGCGGCGGCGUUCCCCUGGCGCUGAUGCUGGGCGCGGCUGUGAACCAGGACGGCCGCAGCAGCAGCCUCACCGCGCCCAACGGCCCCGCGCAGCAGGACGUAAUUCGUGCCGCGCUGUCUGCUGCCCGCCUGUCGCCCGCCGCCCUGGCCGCGCUCUCCACACACGGCACCGGCACGCCGCUGGGCGACCCCAUCGAGCUGGGCGCCGCCGCCGCGGUGGUGGCUGGAGCUCGCAACCGCGCCGCCGCUGGCAGUGCCGCCACAGCAGCAGCCAUCACGGUGCUUUCCUCCAAGUCUUGGUAUGGCCACGCGGAGCCCGGCGCCGGAAUGGUGGGCAUGGUGUUCGGCCUGUCAGCGCUCAACACCAGCGCCGCGCUGCCCCUGGCGCACCUCCGCGCUCUCAACCCGCACGUCGCCAGUGCCUUGGAAGAGUCGGGCGCAGCCGCAUCAGCUGCCGAGGUGACCGGCGGCAGCAGCAGCCCGGCGUGGCGGCUGCCGUUGCAACCGCAGCCGUUGCUAUCCGAGCUGCCACUAGCAGCGGCGGGCUAUAAAGCGGCAUCUUCGGCGACGGCGGAGGAGGCUGCCCUGGCGGCGGUGGUGGGCGUCAGCGCCUUCGCUUUCCAGGGCACCAAUGCGCAUGUGCUGCUGGCGGCGGCACCCCAGCAGAUGGCUACCUCCGCCGGAGUUGCUAUCGAGGCGCCCGGGGGCUUUGGUGCCUCUGAUGCUCGUGCGUCUGUCAACACUGCCGUAUGGUCUGGCCGGCAGCGGCUGUGGGUGCUGCCGCCUUUGUCAGCCCUCAUCGGCAGUCUCACAGCGGUGUCCAAGCAGCGCAGCACGCUCCUCUUUGAAGUCACCCUGCCUGCAGGCGGCGCUAGCAGUGGCGGCGGCGGCAGUAGCCGGCUGGCGUUCCUGCACGACCACGUGGUAGGCGGGCGGGCGCUGGUGCCGGCCGCGGCGCUGCUGGAGAUGGCGACAGCGGCGGCGGCCGCCACGGCCAUGUACUCGGCGGCGGCAGCUGGCGGCAGCGUGUCGGCGGCGGCACAGCACGAUACGGCUUCGGCGGCAGGCUCUAGCGAUGCAGCCAGCAUCAGGAGCCAGCUGGCGCUCACUGGCGUGCGGCUUCUUUCCCCGGCUGUCCUUUCAAAGGACAGCCAGCUGACGCUGAGCUGCAGCCUAGACACCUUCAGCGGCCGCCUGCGCAUCACGUCCGGCGGCGGCACGGCUGCACCCGCAGCUGCAGCUGCCCAGCCGCGCCGCAGCAGCCGCGCGACAGCACCACGCGCCACCGCCGCUCACGGGGCCGCCGCAGCCACCACCCAUGUGGUCGCGGACGUUGCGGUUGUGCUGGAGCAGCAGACUGCGGUGACCAGCUCGGCCUCUCCCAGCGGCUGCGUGGCCGCCGCACUCGCGGCCCUGGCGCGUGUGCUGCUGCCUGGCGUUGCGGCUACAGCUGCGCCGGCUUCCGUCACAGCUGGCGCAGCAGGCACCGCCGCGUCUGCACCUGCGCCUGCGGCACACGGCCAGCUGUACCUGCCUGCCGCCGCACCCGACUUCCUGCUGUGCCACCCUGCGGCACUGGAUUCGGCUUUCCACUUGGCAGCGUUACAUGAUGACACCGCCGCCAGAAGCAGUGGCAGUAGCAGUGGCGGUGCGCCUCCACGGCCGCAGCUCAAGGUACCUGUGGGAGUUGACUGCCUGCUACUGCCGCUGGCCGGGCUGGCGGCACGCGGCUCGCAGCCCAUGUGCGCACGGCCGCCUGCAGCGGCCUCGGCGGGUGCAACGGAUAGUGGUGGUGUGCUGGCGAGCUGUGUGGCGGGCCCGGCUAGUGCCACGCAGAUGGAUGUAGCUGUGCUUGGCGACGGCGGCAGCGCGCAUGGGUUCAAGGUCUGCGGCCUGCUGGCAAAGCCCCUUGCUCCUUUCCAAAGGCCAGCCGAGAUGGCGGCAGCUGCAUCUCCGCCUGCCAUUGCAGGAGCAGGCACCACACCACGGCCGGCAGCUCAACAGGCAAGCAGUGGCAGCAUCAGCUACCGUACCGUCAUGGUUGCCGCGGCACCCGCUGCCGACGAUGCUUCCGCGGCAGGGUCCACGGCAGCCUUGCCGCCCAGCGGUUCGCUGACACUGAGCACCAGCGGCGCCACCAGCAGCAGCAGCCAAUGCGUGGCGCUUCUGCCCGUGCUCCAGGCUUUCGCUGGCGGCAGCGCCAUGGUGCUCCGGGUGGAACAGCAGCAGCACGCGCCAGUAGCGCCUGGACUCCCAUGGGGCCAGUCAACUGCCGUGUCCGGCCUGCUACGGACAGUCGCCCAGGAGCUGCCCUCGGGCCUGCAGCUGCAGAGCGCCGCCCACAGCGGCCGUGGCUCUUCGGGCGUCAUGCGCACCGCGGCUGCCGUGACAAUGACUGCCACUGCUACAGGGAUCAUGACGGCCAAUUCUAGUGCGGGGACGCAUCCCGAGGUUGAGCUAGACGCAGCCAUUGCUUUUGAGCCUCGCCUCCUGCCUGACAUCGCGCCAGUGGCGUCCGGCGGCGACUUCCAGCUGCUGCCGCGCCCCCGCGGAGCCCUCAGCAACCUAGUGCCGCAGCCACUGACUGCGCCGGAUGUCGACUCGGCGGCGGCGGCAUCAGCAGUGCCUGCCGGCAAGGUGGCCAUGCGCGUGCGCGCCGUGGGCCUCAACUUCCGGGACGUGCUCAACGUGCUGGGCAUGUACCCGGGAGACCCCGGAGCACCCGGAGGAGAUUGCGCAGGAGUGGUGGUGGCGGCAGGACCUAGCAUCAGCGGCACAGACGCGCAGCCCUCGCUGCUCGCGCCCGGCACUUCUGUGUUUGGCCUGGCUGUGGGCAGCCUAGGCACGCUGGUGCAUGCCAGCGCGCAGACGCUGGUGGCCAUGCCUGGCUGCCUGAGCUUCGAGGAGGCUGCCUCCAUGCCCACCGUGUUCAUCACUGCGCAGCAGGCGUUUGCGCAGGCGGCUGCGCUUCAGCCGGGCCAGCGCGUGCUGCUGCACGGCGCCGCGGGCGGCGUGGGCCUUGCGUCCCUUCAGGUGGUGGGCGCUAUGGGCGGCGAGGUUGUGGCUACGGCUGGCAGCCCGUCUAAGCGCUCGCUGCUUCGUCGCCUGGGCGUACGUCACGUGUCCAGCAGCCGCGACCUGGGCUUUGUGGAGGAGCUGACGGCGGCGGCUGGCGGCAGCUCGGGCGGCGGCUGUGUGGACGUGGCUUUGAACACGCUUACCAGCCCUGGCCUGGUGUCUGCUACGCUGGGCCUGCUUCGUCUCGGCGGUCGCUUUGUGGAGAUCAGCAAGCGCGACGUGUGGUCAGUGCGUCGCCUGCAGUCGGAGCGUCCUGACGUGUGUGGCAGCUUUGUGGCCGUGGACUUCCUUCCCGACGCGGCCGUGCAGAGCGCCAUGCGCCGCGUGGCUGCGGGCGUGGCUGGCGGCCUGCUUCGUCCUCUGCCUGUGGCCGCGCACUCGCUGUCAUCUGCUUCGUCAGCGCUUCGUCAGAUGUCUCAGGCUCGUCACGUGGGCAAGGUGGUGGUGUUCAACCCGGCGCCUGCGCCUCAGCUGAGCAGCCCUGCUGGCCGUGUGGUGAUCACCGGCGGUCUGGGGUCUCUGGGUCUGCUGCUGGCUGGCUGGCUGUCUCGCCAGCAUGCUCGCUGCCGCAUCCAGCUGCUGGGCCGCAGCGGCCGCGCGGACGGCGGUGCUGGUACUGCCGGCCCUCUGGAGUCUCUGCUUGGUGGCACGCAGGGUAUGGUGGAGGUGUGCAAGGCGGAUGUGAGCUCGGCUGCGGACUGUGCGGCUGUGUUCGGCGCCCAUGCCAGCGACUGUGGCAGUCCCGUGCUUGCAGUGCUGCACGCGGGCGGUGUGCUUGCGGACUCUGUCCUGCGCAACCAGACGGCCUCGGCUGCCCGACGCGUGUUUGCGCCCAAGCUCACACAGCUGGGCCGCUGGGCUGGUGCCGUGGGCCUUCAGCCGUGUGGCGGCGUGGGCAGUAGCGGCUGUGCUCACGUGCUGUUCUCGUCGGUGGCGUCACUGCUGGGCUCUCCGGGCCAGGCGAACUACGCGGCUGCCAAUGCGGGCCUGGACGCCGCGGCGACAGCUUUGUCGUCUGCUGGCCUGGGCUUUGUGUCUGUGCAGUGGGGCGCGUGGGCCGGCGGCGGCAUGGCGGCCGCGGACUCGCAGACGGCUGCCCGCGUGGAGCGCAUGGGCAUGUCUCUGAUCCAGCCUCAGCAGGGCCUGGCCGCUCUGUGCGCUGCGCUGGGCGGUCUCAGCGGCGCCGGCAGCCCGGCUGCCUCAGUCUCAGGCGGCGUCGGCGUGGUGGCCGCUGUGCCUUUCAACUGGCCGGUGUUCCUGCAGCGCCGCAAGGUUGCGGACUUCUUUGAGGCCGUCACGCCAGCCAGUGCCUCGUCCGCCGUGGAGCGGGAGGCACAGGUGCAGUCCACGGCUGCAGCUCGCACACCUCGGCGGCGGCAGCCGCAGCUGCUGGCGACAUCAGUUGCGGGGGUGCCGCCGCCGCGCCAGCUGGACGACAUUGUGGCGGGUGUGCGCGAGGCCGCAGCCGCCAUCCUCGGUGCGGCCGCGGCCGCGCUGCCAGCCGUCGACGGUCCACUCAUGGAGGCGGGGCUUGACAGCCUGGGGGCGACAGAGCUGCGGAGUGCGCUGGAGGCUCGCUUCGGUCUGCCGCUGCCCGGCACGCUCGUGUUCGACUACCCCACGCCUGCAGCCAUCGCGGCCUACGUGGCGGAGCGGCUCGCGCCAGCGGCGCACGCUGCGCCGACGGUGGCGCCAUUGCCUUCGCGUCGCAGGGGGCCGCAGCGGCAGGGGCCCCGCAGCCGCCGUCUCCUGCACGCCACCGCAGCGCCUGCAGCACUAUCUGAGCAUCAGCAGGACUCUUCGGCCAGCGGCGGAGUACCGUCCCUGGCGGAGGUGCGGCAGCGUGUGGUGGAGGCUGCAGCGGACAUCAUCGGCUUGACGCCGCAGUUGCCGCAGCAGCUGUCGCCAGGAGCCCCGCUCAUGGAGGCUGGGCUGGACAGCCUAGGGGCGACCGAGCUGCGCAGCAGCCUGGAGGCGGCGUUCGGCCUGACGCUGCCCGGCACGCUCGUGUUUGACCACCCCAGCGCGGCAGCAGUUGCUGAGCUGCUGCAUGCGCGCCUGCGGGAACAGCGGCAGCCACACCCUGCGCGGACGAUAGUGGAGGAGGACUGGGAAGAGGGGGAGACGGAAGAGGACUGGGAUGAGGAGGAGGGCUCGUGGGAGGAGGAGAAGGAGGCGGAUGAAGACGAGGAGGAGGAGUUCUGGAGCGAGGCGGAGUUGGAGGUGGCUGUCAGCCCUGGUGGGCGCUUCGUGGCCUCCGCGCCCCGCCGUGGUUUCCAGCGCAGCCGCCCGGGCCAGAUUGCACGCAGCCUCAGCCUGCGUGGCAGCAGCCGCCGCACCAGCGCUGGCGUGCUGGUGGGCGUUAUGAGCAGCGCCUUCCGGCUGCCUGCAGACGCAGCGGCGGCGGCGGCCACCGCUGCCGGCCACACCAGUGACCUUGUGGCCGCGACACACGUGUGCGAUGCCGUGAGUGCUGUGCCUUUGGACCGCUGGGACGUGGAUGGCGCCGCGGUGGCUGCGCUGUCAGCCGCGGCCGCCGGCAGCGGAAGCAGCAGCUCCACGUCCGCAGCGGCGGCGUCUGCCCCAGCAGGGGGCCUGCCGCCCCACUUUGGGUCGUUCCUGAGCGGCCGCGUGGACCUGUUCGACGCCGCCGCCUUCGGCAUCAGUCCGGCGGAGGCGGCGCUCAUGGACCCGCAGCAGAGGCUGCUGAUGGAGGGCCUGCACGAGGCGCUGGCGCUGCUGCCGCCUCCGCCCCAGUCACAUGCAGCGGCCCGGCAGCAGCCCCAGCACCCACAGCAGCAGCAGCCGCACGUGGGCGCUGUCCGGACGCUGUGGGACCGGCAGCGAUUCGGCGUGUUCGUGGGCGUGUCAUCGCCCGACUACAUGAAACUGGCGGUGGCGUCAAAGCAGGGCAUCACGGCGUUCAGCGCAACCGGCGCAACGCUCUCGGUGGCCUCUGGCCGGCUGUCCUACACCUUUGGCCUGCGCGGCCCCGCCGUGACGGUGGACACCGCCUGCUCCUCGUCGCUGGUGGCGGCCGACGCUGCGGUCACGGCUCUGAGAACGGGCCAGGCCGCAGCUGCCGCGGUGGCGGGUGUCAACCUGACGCUGUCGCCCGACACGUCCGCCAUGUUCCAGCGCGCGGGCAUGCUGUCGCCCGACGGCCGCUGCAAGACGCUGGACGCCUCGGCAGAUGGCUACGUACGGGCGGAGGCGGUGGGCGUGAUGUGUCUGGCACCACUGCAGCCGCAGCAGCACGAGGGCCGUAGUGGCGGCGGCGGCGCUCCGCUGGCGCUGCUUCUGGGCGCCGCUGUAAACCAGGACGGCCGCAGCAGCAGCCUCACCGCGCCCAAUGGCCCCGCGCAGCAGGACGUCAUUCGUGCCGCGCUGUCCGCUGCCCGCCUGUCGCCCGCCGCCCUGGCCGCCCUCUCCACACACGGCACCGGCACGCCGCUGGGCGACCCCAUCGAGCUGGGCGCCGCCGCCGCAGUGGUGGCGGUCACUGCCCCAUUGGGCCGCCGGACGCCCGCACCACCAGCGCCACUGGUGAUCACCGCUGCCAAGUCAUGGAUGGGCCACGCGGAGCCGGCGUCGGGUGUGGUGGGACUGUUGCACGCGGCCAAGCUGGCGACGGCGCACGUCGCACUGCCCAUCACCCACCUGUCCGCCGUCAACCCCAAUGUGGCGGCUGUGCUGGAGGGCGGCGGCGGUGCAGGCGCGUUGGCGGCGCGUUGGGCGGCAGCGCCGCGGCAGGCGGGCCCGCUCCCGGCAGCCGUGGGCAAUGCACAUGCCAGCAGGCCAACAUCGGCGGCGGCAGAGGAGGCGGCCAUUGCGGCUGUGGUGGGCGUCAGCGCCUUUGCGUUCCAGGGCACCAAUGCGCACGUACUGCUGGCGGCGGCACCCCAGACCGCUGAUGUCGUCGGAGGCGCAGCUGAAGCACCCGGCGGCUAUGGGGCCCGGACGAGAGCGUCAGCAGCAGCAGGAGCAGCAGCUACAGCCGGCAGCCAUUGGCUGAGCCCCCGUCCGCAGCUGGUGCUCGCGACCGGCUUCCAACUCACCUAUCCCACGUGCCCUGCCGGCCCUGCCUCGCUGACGCCGGGCCGCAUGAGCGGCGGCGGCGGGGCGCUCUCCCGCACCGAGUCCGGCGCGCCGCGCACCGCAGACGCAAUUGCAGCUGCCGUCAGCACGAUGCCGCAGCAGCCAGGCGCGGGCGCGGCGGCGGGCCAGCAGCAGCUGCUGCCGCCGGCGUCACCGCAGCGGCAGCCGUGUGUGCUGAGCCGCACCGGGUCCAUCUCCCGCGUGCCCAGCGCCACCACGGGCCUCAGCCGCAGCGGCUCGCUAUCUGCCCUCCCGCCGCCGCCGGCCCCCGCCAGCAUUCCUUGGUUGCUGCCGCCGGCCACGUCACUUGGCUAUAACGGCCCGCCAUUGGCUGUGUUCACGGCGAGCCCCAGCUGCGCCCGGCUGGCCAUGCUGUGGGACCACAAGGUGAACGGGCGGCCGGUGUUCCCCGGCGCCGCAUACCUGGAGAUGGUGGCGGCGGCUGUAGCACUGCUGCGGCCAGAGGCCGGCAGUAGCAGUAGCGGCGGCGGCAGCAGCUCGCUGGAGGUGCCGCUGCUUACGGGCGUGGAGAUCCCGGCGCCGCUGCUGCUUGGCUUUCCGGGCGUGUGGCCGGAGGUGGAGCUGCGCUGCGAGGUGCAGCUACUGCCGCCUUCGGCGGUUGACGCUGCUACAGCCGCCGGAGCAGCGCUUGGCCGCGUGACAAUUGCGUCCCUGGCGGGAGCGGCGGCGGGCAUGCUGCCAUCGCCGCGCACCGCCCGCGCUCGCCGGCGCACCGUGCACAUGACCGGGUACAUCGAGGCAGCUGUAGCAGUGCCAGAAGUGGCGGCAGCCGCCGGCAGUAGCAGCAGCGGCGGCCACGGCGGCACUAGUGCGUAUUCUGCGGCCGACCUUGCAGCCCUGGCUCGGCUGCUUUUCAGUGACAGCGGGGCCACUGCAGGCGCCAUGGCAAGCAGCACCAGCUGCGGUGCGCCGGCAGUAGCCUCAGUGCUGUACGGCGACGGUGCCAAGGGCGGCGCGGCAGGCGGCCCCGGCGGCAGCAGCGGGUUCGUGCUGCACCCAGCCACACUGGAUUGCGUCUUGCAGCUGGCGGCCGCCGCAGAUGCAGAUGCCGCGGCGGCUGCAGACGACGGCACCGCGCAGCCAGCUCGGGCGCCUGCAGCCAAGGUGCCCUCACGCAUCGCGGCGGUGUCGCUCAGUCCCUUCCAGCGGCCGGGCACGUGCUUCAGCAGCGGCGUCGGUGGCAGCAGCCCCGAGGACGCUUUCCUUUUCGCCUCGGCUGCCUCACGCAACGCCGACGCGAGCAGCAGUCCGGAUGCAAGCAGCGCAAGCGACUCGGCUGCUGGGGGCCCUCGCGCUGAAGCUUCCGCGGGGCCCGCCACCUUCACCAGCUACAGCGUCCAGACGCCUGCUACAGCCGGUGGCAUGCUAUCUUCUAUCGUGGACUUGGAGGCUCGCAGCAUCGGGCACGCCACGCGCACCAGCGGGGUCCAGGACCCGCAGCAGAUGCAAGCUGCCACCAGCGCCUCCACUGCGACUGAGGCUGCUGCAGCCACUGGAGCCGCGCCUGCGCUGCCUGCGGACAUCACGUACCACACCCAGUGGCUCGUGGACGAGCCCCUUGCUGCUGUUGUUGAGCAGGAGGACGCCCCAGCACAGCAGCCGCUUUUCCUACUUUCUCCUGGCGGCAUGAGCGGCACGAGUACAAUCGCCGCGCACGUGCUCGCGGCGGUGCAGCAGGCGAUUUCGGGCAAUCUCCCCAUGGGCGCUACCGUCGUAGACGCGGGCGGCCACGCCCCGUACGUACGACUGACGACUGGCUCGGCAGCGCCGCCUGUAACAACAGCCGACCUGGCGGCUGCAGUGCUCCGAGCCGCGGCCGCGGAGUCGUUGCCAGUGGCCCACAGCCUCCUGGCGCCCCACGUGCGGCAGCAGCCGCGCUCCAGUGCGCCUCCACUGGUGCUGCACGGACCGCCUGACGGUACCGAUGGGCCGUUGCUGCUCAAAGAUGUCUACGGUGGCAGGGACUCGCUGGAUGCAGGAGCACGCCUUGCGGCUCGCCUGGUUCCGGCUCCGCGUCUGGAGAUGGCGCCCGGCGGCGACUUCCAGCUGCUGCCGCGCCCCCGCGGAGCCCUCAGCAACCUAGUGCCGCAGGCCCUGACCGCGCCGGACGUCGACUCGGCGGCGGCGGUGUCAGCGGUGCCUGCCGGUAAGGUGGCCAUGCGCGUGCGCGCCGUGGGCCUCAACUUCCGGGACGUGCUCAACGUGCUGGGCAUGUACCCGGGAGACCCCGGAGCGCCCGGAGGAGACUGCGCAGGCGUGGUGGUGGCGGCAGGGCCUAGCACCAGCGACACUGACGCACAGCCCUCGCUGCUCGCGCCCGGCACGGCUGUGUUUGGCCUAGCUGUGGGCAGCCUAGGCACGCUGGUGCAUGCCAGCGCGCAGACGCUGGUGGCCAUGCCCGGCUGCCUGAGCUUCGAGGAGGCCGCCUCUAUGCCCACCGUCUUCAUCACUGCGCAGCAGGCGUUUGCGCAGGCGGCUGAGCUUCAGCCGGGCCAGCGCGUGCUGCUGCACGGCGCCGCGGGCGGCGUGGGCCUUGCAUCCCUUCAGGUGGUGGGCGCUAUGGGCGGCGAGGUUGUGGCUACGGCCGGCAGCCCGUCUAAGCGCUCUCUGCUUCGUCGCCUGGGCGUGCGUCACGUGUCCAGCAGCCGCGACCUGGGCUUUGUGGAGGAGCUGACGGCGGCGGCUGGCGGCAGCUCAGGCCGCGACGGCGGCGGCUGUGUGGACGUGGCUUUGAACACGCUGACCAGCCCUGGCCUGGUGUCUGCUACGCUGGGCCUGCUUCGUCGCGGCGGUCGCUUUGUGGAGAUCAGCAAGCGCGACGUGUGGUCGGUGCGUCGCCUGCAGUCGGAGCGUCCUGACGUGUGCGGCAGCUUUGUGGCCGUGGACUUCCUUCCCGACACGGCCGUGCAGAGCGCCAUGCGCCGCGUGGCUGCGGGCGUGGCUUGCGGCCUGCUUCGUCCUCUGCCUGUGGCCGCGCACUCGCUGUCAUCUGCUUCGUCAGCGCUGCGUCAGAUGUCUCAGGCUCGUCACGUGGGCAAGGUGGUGGUGUUCAACCCGGCGCCUGCGUCUCAGCUGAGCAGCCCUGCUGGCCGUGUGGUGAUCACCGGCGGUCUGGGGUCUCUGGGUUUGCUGCUGGCCGGGUGGCUGUCUCGCCAGCAUGCUCGCUGCCGCAUCCAGCUGCUGGGCCGCAGCGGCCGCGCGGACGGUAUUGCUGGUAUUGCUGGCCCUCUGGAGUCUCUGCUUGGCGGCGCGCAGGGCAUGGUGGAGGUUUGCAAGGCGGACGUCAGCUUGGCUGCGGACUGUGCGGCUGUGUUCGGCGCCCAUGCCAGCGACGGUGGCAGUCCCGUGCUUGCAGUGCUUCACGCGGGCGGUGUGCUUGCAGACUCUGUCCUGCGCAACCAGACGGCCUCGGCCGCCCGACGCGUGUUUGCGCCCAAGCUCGCACAGCUGGGCCGCUGGGCUGGCGCCGUGGGUCUUCAGCCGUGUGGCGGCGUGGGCAGUAGCGGCUGUGCUCACGUGCUGUUCUCGUCUGUGGCGUCGCUGCUGGGCUCUCCGGGCCAGGCCAACUACGCGGCUGCCAAUGCGGGGCUGGACGCCGCGGCGACAGCGUUGUCGUCUGCUGGCCUGGGCUUUGUGUCUGUGCAGUGGGGCGCGUGGGCCGGCGGUGGCAUGGCGGCCGCGGACUCGCAGACGGCUGCCCGCGUGGAGCGCAUGGGCAUGUCUCUGAUCCAGCCUCAGCAGGGCUUGGCAGCUCUGUGCGCUGCGCUGGGCGGUCUCAGCGGCGCUGGCAGCCCGGCUGUCUCAGUCUCUGGCGGCGGCGGCGUGGUGGCUGCUGUGCCUUUCAACUGGCCGGUGUUUUUGAAGUCACGGAUGCACCAGGACUACUUUGCCGUACUGAGGGAGCGGGUUGUGCAUCAGCAGCAGCAGUCAGCUGCGGCCUCGUGGCCAGCACAGCAGCCGCAGCGCAGCGGCUCCAGCCGGCGGGUGCGCCCUGGCGCCUCCCGUGGGCGGCGAGGCGCGCCCGUGACGGCCGCUGCUGUCAGCGUGGAGUCUCACCUGCAGUCGAUGCUGGCGGAGGUGCAGGACGCAGUCAGCGGCGUGGCGGGCGGCGCACUUGCCCCCGACGCACCCCUGAUGGGCUCCGGCGGCCUGGACAGCUUGGGGGCUGUGGAGCUGCGCAACGCACUGGAGGCGCGGCUGGGGCUGCAGCUGCCCGGCACGCUCGUGUUCGACUACCCCACGCCCGCAGCCAUCGCGGCCUACGUGGCGGGCCGGACUAUGCCGCAGCCGCCGCCGGUGUCCGAGGAGGAGGGAGACGUCUCCGCUGGGGAGACCGAUGACGGCGGCCUGACCUCGGCGCCUGUGGGCCUGGUGGCCCCGACCACAACUGCACGCAGCGGCAGGGUGCUCGCGAGCAUCGACCAGCUGCUGCCUUCCCGUAGUGCGGAUGUCAGUCGGCUGCUCGGCACCAGCGCCGCAGCCGCAGCCGCCGCCCCACGUGUGUUGAUCGGCGUGUUGGCAUCUGUAUGUCGCAGCGUGGGCGAUGCCUUGGCGCCCGGACGCCUGGAUGCCACCGAUGCGCCCUCGCGGGUUCCCACCAGCCGCUGGGAUGUGGAGGCACAGGCAAGCCGCACCCUGGCCGGGGCGCUGCCCGUGCCCUUCGGCGCCUGGCUUCCGGCAGUCGACCUGUUCGACGCCGGCGCCUUCGGCAUCAGCGUGCCCGAGGCGGCACUCAUGGAUCCGCAGCAGCGGCUGCUGCUACUGUGCGCAGCAGAGGCGUUGCUGGCGCCAUCGACGUCAGCGUCCCUGGGCUCAUUCGCGGCCUCUGCCACGACGGCCCCUGCGGCCUGGCGCUCGCGCACCGGCACCUUCGUCGGCGUCUCCUCCAUGGACUACAACAAGAUCACCCUGCGGCACGAACCCACCGCCUCCGCCUUCGCAGCCACUGGUGCCUCCCUAUCCGUGGCGCCCGGCCGAGUGGCCUUCACCUUUGGCCUGGGCGGCCCGGCUCUGUCGGUGGACACCGCCUGCUCUUCAUCGCUGGUGGCGGCGCACGCGGCGCUUGGCGCGCUGCGGCUGGGGCAGGUGUCGGCGGCGCUGGUGGCGGGUGUCAACCUGACGCUGUCGCCCGACACGCCGGCAGCCUUCCAGAAGGCCGGCAUGCUCUCUCCCGAUGGCCGCUGCAAGACGCUGGAUGCUGCGGCCGACGGCUACGUGCGUGGCGAGGCCUGCGGCGUCUUCCUGCUUGGAGCGCUGCCGCCUGCAGGCGCCGAGGGCUCGGCGGCGUCAGCGCCGCUGGCAUGGAUUGCGGCUGCGGCUGUGAACCAGGACGGCCGCAGCAGCAGCCUCACCGCGCCCAACGGCCCCGCGCAGCAGGCGGUCAUGUGCGAAGCCCUAGCUGCGGCUUCCGCGGCCGCGUCCGCGAUGCAGUGGCUGCAUAUGCAUGGAACAGGCACGCCGCUGGGCGACCCCAUUGAGGUCGGGGCCAUUACAGCCGUGUUCGGCGGCAGCAGCGACAGCGGCGCCCUCGGCAAGCCCACCAUCACCGGCACAGUCGCCGCCUCCUCCAUCUCUGCGGCUGGCCCAUCGCCGCCCGCGCUCACGCUGGCCGCAGCCAAGUCCUGGCUGGGCCACGCGGAGCCGGGCGCGGGCGUGCAAGGCCUCGCGCACGCCGCCACGGCACUGACGCACGGCUCGGAGCCGGAGCUGCUGCACCUGCGCGCCCUCAACCCCCACGUGACCAGCGCACUGGAGGCCGCGGGCCCCGUCGCCCUGGCCCGCAUGCGCGCGCCGCGGCAGCUGGGGCCCAAGCCGCUGCCGCCCCGCGGCGGCGCUGGACGCAACGGCGGACGCAGCGCCGUCGCGGGCAUGGUGGAGGACAUGAGCGAGGCGGAGGCAGAGGCGCUGUGUGGAGUGAGCGCCUUUGCAUUCCAGGGCACCAACGCGCACGUGCUGCUGGCUACCCGGUCGCGGGUGGAGGGUUCGGCAGCGGCCGCGGAGUCAGCUGGACAGCUGGCGGCCCGGGGCUGUGCGUGGCGGCGCGAGCGGCACUGGCUGCACCCCGCCCUAACACCGCUACUCACGUGGGUGGCCGGUGGUGACGUCGGAGGCAGCAUCGGCAGCAGUCGUGUGAUUCUGGCCUUCGAGACGCAGCUCAGUCUGCCGCAGGUGGCCUCUGUGGCCGCUUCGCUGGCGCUGACACAGCCACGCGCCCCCGGCAGCAGAACUGCUGUUGCUGCGGCGGCUGCAGAGCUGCAGCCACCGCUGCUGGUGCUGCCAGCCAGCCUGCUGAUGGCGGUCGCGGCCGCGGCCGUGCAUACCGCCUGCGCCACGGCGGACAACGCGCCCGCCACCACCAGCUGCACGACGCCAGAAGGCCCAAUACGCGUGCUGCUGACCUCGGGCCGGCUGCAGCCUGUUGCUGCAGCCCACCAGCAGCAGCUGCUGACGGUGGUGGAUGCAGCAAGCGGCUGCGUGGAGGUAUGGGUGCUGCCUGCCGCCGGGGCCGCAGCCAGGGCCAGCAGCCAGCGGCAAUCGCAGCCCCUGCUUGCAUUCUCCGCCACCGCUGGCUUCACUCUCGGUGGGACAUCUGAGCCCGCCGUCGUAACCCAGGGCCCUGGUGCCAGCCAGGAGGCGACAGCGCUCACCGGACUGGCGCGCCUGCUGGGCCUCGUGCCUGUUGAAGCACCCAGCAUAGGCAACGCCGCCAGCGCCCCAGCGUGCGCGAUGGCGGCCCAGCCAAGCACUGGUGCAGCAGGCAGCAGCGGCAGCAGUGACGAGGCAGAGGCACCAGGCUGGGGCCUUAUCGCUGGCCUGGCGGCAACGCUGCAGCUCGCAUCCGCAGCGGGUGCUGCGGAGGCAGCCGCUGGUCACAUCACAGGCUUUGACGCGACCAGCUGCGACGUACGGCCGCCUUCCGCGACAGCAGGCAAUUUGCAGCACUACUGCGCCGUCGCCCCGCACUUCGGUGGCGGCGGCGGUGGUGCGGCCGGCUCAGCUCUGGUUGACGCCUGCCUCAGCGGUGCGGGUGGCGGCUUGCUAACAGGAGUACGCAUUGCUCCACUGGAUGUGGCUGCUGCUGCUGCCAUUGCAGGGCACAUGGUCUCCGGCACGGCAGCGCAGCAGCACGCCCUUGCCGUGGUGGCGGACGAGCCAGCAGACGACAGCGAGCGUUGCCGCUAUGUGGUUGAGUGGUUGGUCGAGGAGGUGGUGCCGGAACAGCUGGAUGGCACCGGUGACCCGCCGGCUGCUGCUGAUGCGGCGGGGUCGGCCUACUUCGAGAUCGCCACAAGCGCCGCUGGGCUUGGCCUGUCGGACAUCGCUGGGUCCGUGGCGGCGCUGCAGGGAUUCAUGAUCAAGGGCAGUCAGCAGCAGCAGGCACAGGUUCAGCAGCUGCAGCUGCGCAGCUGCGGUGCCCACCUGCCUGCAGCCGCCGCCCUUGCACCGCCGGCAGCAGGCGGCGGCUCAGCCAACAACGCAGCUGCCGCCGCGUCGUGGGCCCUGGCGAGAGUGUUGGCCAACGAGCGAUCAGGCAGCGUGGCCGUCACCACCAGCGACGUGUCUGCUGCUGCUGCUGGCAGCGGUCGCAAGCGCGGCAUCGCAUGGAGCUGCUGGCCCCAAGAGGUAGCAGACACACCCGCGGCCGCCGCCAAGCGGGCAAGUAGCAUGUACGGCCAGACGACCGCGGGGCGCGUGGCCUACACCGCCCGCCUCACCCGCGCCCUGCUGCCGUCACCACAGCCAACGCCCACAAGCCCAGCAGCUACCGAAGUCGCCACCGCCACCGCCAGUCGGGCGCCCGCUGCGCCGCCGCUGCUGCUGCCGCGCCAGGGUUGCUACCUGGUCACGGGCGGCAGCGGCAUGGCGGCGGCGCACGUGACGCGCUGGCUGGCGGAGGUCUGCGGCGUGGCGCACGUGCACCUGGCCAGCCGCACCGGCCGCCUGCCGGACGCCAGCUUGGCGGCCCUGGGCGCCGCUGGAACGCCCGGGGCAGCUGCUGUGAGUGCCGGAGGCGCCACUCUGAUCACGGCCAGCAAGGCGGACUGGUCCAGCGCGGAGGACCUGGCGUGGCUCACAGGGGCAGCCUGCAGCAUCAGCGGCACCAGCAGCGUUUACAGCAGCUUGCAGCAGCAGUCGUCAUCGCGGCCGCUGCUGGGCGUGUUCCACGCGGCGGGUGUGCUCCAGGACGCACUGCUGGCGGCGGUGACGCUGCCGGCGUUGCGCUGCGUACUGGCGGCCAAGCUGGGUGGCAUGCACGGCGGCGGCAGCAGCGGCAGUCGCAGCUGUCACCGCGAUCUCGUGGGAGGUAGCUGUAGCAGCCGCUUGCAGGUGCAGCCCCUGGCCACACACGUGAUGUUCUCGUCCGUCGCGGCACUUCUGGGCUCUCCAGGCCAGGCAGCUUAUGCGGCGGCAAAUGCGGGCCUGGACGCCGCGGCGGCAGCCGGCGCGCUGGCGGGCGCCCCUAUGGUGUCGCUACAGUUUGGCGCGUGGGCCGGCGCCGGCAUGGUGGCGCAAAGCGCUGGCACGGCCGCGAGGCUAGAGCGCCUGGGGCUGGGGCUGCUGUCGCCUGAGGCAGCCCUUAGCGCGCUGUCUGCGGCGGUGGCUGGCGCAGCUGCCGCACGGCCGGCGCAGUUGCCGGCUGUCAAGAGCUUGCUACUGCCGCAGCUGCAGAGCUGCGGCGUGAUUGUGGUCAACCCCUUCCGCUGGCCGGCCUUCCUGCGCGGCCUGCAGGAGCAGCAGCAGCAGCACCAGGCGACGUCACGUGGCGCCGGCGUGCCUAGCUUCUUUUCCAACUUUGUGGCGCAGGCCCCGCCCCACACCACCAAACAGCGGCGAACAGCCGCUGGGGCUGGGGCUGCAGAGGCACGGCCGCCGCCGUCGUCACAGCGGCGGUUGCUUGCAGACGUCGGCACGGAGGUGCGCGCCGCGGUGUCAGCCAUUCUCGGCGCCGGCGCCUCCGAGGGUCAGGGGCUGUCGGAGCACCAGCCGCUCAUGGAGGCUGGGCUGGACAGCCUGGGGGCGGUGGAGCUGGCGCGGUCGCUGGAGGCGCGGCUGCGGCUGGCGCUGCCGCAGACGCUCGUGUUCGACCACCCCACUGUGGCCGCGCUGACAGACCACUUGCAGCGCCUGCAGGAACAGCAGCUAGCGGUGGCGGAGGAGGACUUGUUGGAAGAGGUGGAAGGUGAGGAGACGGCGAUCGUGCAGCGCCGGCGAUCUGCAGCAGGCGCGCACCUGCGACUGCCAGCAUCGGUGGCAGCCAGCGCGCCACUGGGUGCGCCAGCAGGGCUGGCGUCAGACGUGGUGGUGGUGCAGGCGCUGGUGCAGCGCUCGCCCGCAGCCGCAGCUGCCGCCACUUCGGCGGUGGCUGCGGACCCUGUGGGCCUGGCGCCCUUCAGUAGGUGGGAUGCGGAGGCGGCGGCGGGCCGGGUGCUCGAGGCUCGCUUCGGCGCCUUCCUGCCCGGCGUGGACCUGUUUGACGCCGCCGCCUUUGGCAUCAGUCAGGCGGAGGCGGCGCUCAUGGACCCGCAGCAGCGCCUGCUGAUGGAGGGCCUGCACGAGGCGCUGGUUGGCAGUGCCAGCAGCCCUGGUGGCAGUAGCAGUAGCAAUGGCGCGCGGGGUCGCGGCAUGGGCGUGUAUGUGGGUGUGGCGGCGUCUGACUACGGCAGCCUGGUGAAGGCGCACGGCACGGCGGCGGGGCAGCCCGGCGGCGGCGCCUUUCACGCAACCGCCAACGCACUCAGCGUCACCGCCGGCCGCUUGGCCUACACCUUCGGCCUCACAGGCCCGGCGCUGGCAGUGGACACGGCCUGCUCCGCCUCGCUCGUGGCCGCCGCCCUGGCCUACGACGCCCUUACCCGUGGCGGCAGCGCCAGCAGUGGCACUGCAGGCGGCGGCGGCCGGCUGCGGGCGGCGGCGGUGGCGGGUGUGCACGUGCAGGCGACGCCCACGUCCUCGGCAUACGUGUGGAAUGCGGGCAUGCUGUCGCCUGCAGGCCGGUGCCAGGUGCUGGACUCGGCGGCGGACGGCUACGUGCGCGGCGAGGCGCUGCAGGUGAUGAUCCUGGGCGCCAAGAGCUCAGCCAGUGCCGCGGCCGGCGGCGGCGCUCCGUUGGCAUUGCUGCUGGGUGCGGCUGUGAACCAGGACGGCCGCAGCAGCAGCCUCACCGCCCCCAACGGUCCCGCGCAGCAGGCGGUCAUCCAGGCCGCGCUGAGCCAGGCGGGCGUCAGUGCGGGCGGCCUCUGCCUGCUGUCCAUGCACGGCACAGGCACGCCGCUGGGCGACCCCAUCGAGGUCAGCGCUGCUGCUGGCGCCUUCGCGCCCGCCAUGCCCGGUACUCGCUCCGCGGCCCGCGCUGCGCCACCUCAACCUCUAGUACUGGCUGCCUCCAAGUCGGUGCAGGGCCACGCGGAGCCGGGCGCCGGCCUGGUGGCGCUGUCGCACGCGGCGGCGGCGCUAGCUCAGGCCCUGCGUCCCCAGGUCCUGCACCUGCGCGGCCUCAACCCCGGCGUGGCGGCGGCCAUGGAGACGGCCGCGGCAUCGCAGGUGACCAUGGCCGCUGGGCGCAGUUCCGCGCCGCUGGCUGCUCACGCUGCUCGUGGCAGCACCGCCGCCGCCGCUGCCACCGCUGACGCUGACGGCGAGGCGCUCUUGCUCGCGGGCGUGAGCUCCUUCGCCUUCAUGGGAACCAACGCCCACGUCGUCAUCACCAGCCCGGCACCACCAGCAGUGGCGGCUACAGCCGCCAGCGGCUCGACAGCAACAGCCUCAGCGGCUGCAGCAGGGGAACGCGAGCAGCAGCCGCAGCAGCAGCAGGCGGCGGUUCUGUGGCAGCGCCAGAGCCACUGGGCAGGUCCGGCGGAGCCGCACCUGCUCGCCGUCAGGGCACUACAGCAGGCGACGCGGGCGACUGCAGCGGCGGCGCCGGCGGUAUCACGCUCGCACGUGGUGACGCUCGCUGGCGACCUGUCGCACCCGCGCCUGGCCCACCUGUGGGACCACGUGGUGGGCGGGCGGCACGUGCUGCCGGGAGCCGCCUACAUGGAAAUGGCUGUAGCAGCAGCUCGGGCGGCGCUGCUACUGCCGCAGCAGCCUGCGGCAGCGGCCAGUGGCAGUGGCGUCGGCAGCGGCAGCGGCAGUGCUGGAGACGGCAUGGCUGCUGCUGCGCUACUGGCCAUCACGGACGCCACCAUCCCGGCACCGCUGAUCCUGCCACCGCUGCAGGCGUCGCAGCUGACAAGCAAGCUGGCGCCGGCGUUGCACUGCGCCAUUGAUUGCGUCACUGGCCGCCUGCUUGUGUACACGCGCAGCAAGGGCAGCGGCGGAGGAAGCACGGUGGUCCAUAUGCGGGCGACCGUGUCCGCGGCGCUUGCGAUGGCGGUGGCAACAGCAGCCCCAGCAGCAGCCCAAGCACCAGCACAAGCGAGCGCCAACCCCGACCUGCUUGCCUCUCUGCUGGCAGCGCUGCAGCUGCGCCCCUACGUCGCCGGCAUCGUUGCUCCGACUGCUAGCAAUGCCGGCGGCGGCGGUGCUGCUGAGCCCGCGGCGGCUGUUGCCACCGCGACGCUGCUGCAGCCGCACAACGCUGACGAUGCGGCGGCUGCGGCGCGUACGGCGCUGCAGAGCGAAGGCCAGGCUGCGGGUGUGGGGCUACUGGACUGCUUCCUGCAGCUGGGGCAGGUAUUCAUCCACCAGCGCGAGGAUGACGAGCAGGCGCCGCGCAGCAGCCCGCGCGCCGGCCCACGCCGCACGUACAUCCCCUCCGGCUUUGGCUCGCUGCUACUGGGCGCGCCGGCUGCUGCCGCUCUUUGCGGCACGGCUGCAGGCGGCGGCGCUGGUGGUGGCUACCUGGGUGCCUCGGCGGCGUGCGUGGUGGCGGCGCGCCGCUCUAUGCCGGCUGCAGCUGCCGCUAGCCAGCAGGACGCAGAGGCUGUGGAGAGCGAUUACUUCCUGACGCCGGCCGCCGCUGGCGGUGUUGCUGUCAGUACCGGCCAGCUGCCGGCGGCGGCUGGGCCCCACGCGGCGGUGUGCAUCCGCGGCAUGAAGGCGCGGCCUCUUGCAGGCUCCGGUGCUACUGCCGCUACUGCCGCGGCAAGCACCGCAGCCGUUGCAUCGGGUGCACGUCAAGAUACAGACGCGGAUGAGGUGGCUACCGGAGAGCCGCGGCUCCUGUACGGAGUCAGCUGGCUGGUUGCGGAGCCAGCCGCUGCAGACGACGGCAACGAGGACCAGCGGGCGGCGGACCCACCACAGCUGCAGCUGCUGCCUGGCGCUGCGGGCGGCGCGGCCGUCGCAGCUGGCGUAUCGGUGCUGCAGCAGCUGGCGGCAGCUGCGGCGCGGGCUGGGCCUUCUGCGGCGGGCGGCGUGACACUGGUGCACGCCGCGGAUGCCAGCAGCGGACGGCGGGGCACUGCCAUGUCGGCGCCCGCGGCAGUCGUGGCGGGAGCCAUGCGUGUGGCGGCCCUGGAGGCGCCAAACCUGCGCCUUGCCGUGCAAUUGUCAGCCGCCUCUGCGUUGGCAGAGUCCACGCUCACGCUGCGUGCGUCCCCGGGCAACAGCAGCAGCCGGGCGGGCGCCUCGGCAGCUGCAGCAGGUGCAGUCUUUGGCGAAGCGGCAUCCGGGGGUGCCAAGGCGGUUCCGCGGCUGCUGCCGUCCCCUCAGCAGCAGGCCGCUGGCCCCUACCAGCUGCUGCCGCAGCCCAAGGGCUCACUGAACAGCCUGCGGCCCGCGGCGGUCGUGCUGCUGGCCGAGCUCGCGGCCUUGGUCCCAACAUCUCCGGCGUUUGGUGGCAGGCCGCCAUCGCCGUCGGCUGGAGCUGGAGCUGAUUCGUGCAUUGUGGCAGUGCGCGCCGUUGGCCUCAACUUCAGGGACGUGCUCAACGUGCUAGGCAUGUACCCGGGAGACCCUGGAGCGCCCGGAAGCGACUUCGCGGGUAUUGUGGAGGCGGGCCCGGGCGCCGGCGGUGCAGUGUUCGGCCUCACAACCGGGUGCCUGGGGUCGCACGUGGUGUGCCGCACAGACACGUGCGCACCGCUGCCGCCCCAUGUGCCCUUCGAGGACGGCGCAGCCAGCCCCACCAUCUUCGUGACCGUAGAGGCAGCACUCGUGGAGGCGGCCGGUCUGGUGGCGGGAGAGCGGGUGCUCCUGCAUGCGGGUGCAGGCGGCGUGGGUCUGGCGGCGGCGCAGGUGGCCGCGGCCCUGGGUGCGGAGGUGGUCGCGACGGCGGGCAGCCCGGCCAAGCGCGCGCUGCUGCGGCGGCAGGGCAUUCGCCAUGUGGCCAACAGCCGCGACCUGAGCUUCGCGGAGGAGGUGGUGACGGCCACGGGCGGCCGCGGCGUGUGUGUGGUGCUGAACAGCCUGACCAGCCCGGGCAUGGUGGGCGCGAGUCUGUCUGCCGUGUCUCGCGGCGGUCGGUGGGUGGAGAUCGGCAAGCGCGACAUCUGGUCGGCUGCACGUGUGUCGUGCGAGCGUCCGGACGUGCGCUACGGCCUGCUCGCGGUGGACUUCAUGCCCCCUUCAGUGCUACAGCGCCACCUGCACACUCUGAGCCGCAACCUCGCCACGGGCGCCGUGCGGCCCAUCCCGCGCAUCACACACAGCCUCGCCUCCGUCGCAGCCGCGCUGCGCCAGAUGUCUCAGGCGCGCCACGUGGGCAAGAUCGUGCUGAGCAACAGCGCCUGCGCCCAACGGCCACAGCAUGCUACAGCCGGGGCCAUUGGCAGUAGCAGCUCCGGCGCAGGCGGCGGCGACGGCGGCGGCGCGGUGCUGGUGACCGGCGGUACGGGGGCGCUUGGCGCCCUGGUGGCGGCCUGGUUGUACUCGUCGCUUUGCGUUGGCGGCCGCUCCGCGCCCCACAUCAUCCUGGCAGGCCGCACAGGCCGCCUGAGCCGCGGCAGUAGCAACAGCAAGGGUGACGGCGACACCAGCAGCUACAGCCCCGUGGACGCCCUGUCCAGCGGCGACGGGCGCUCGCCGCUGCACGCCGCGUACGUCAGCAUCGUGCGCUGCGACGCUGCCUCAUCCGCCGAUGCGGCAUGGCUCAUGCGUGGUGCCGCCGCCGGCCGCAGCAUCGCCGCCGUCAUGCAUGCCGGCGGCGUCCUGGCCGACGCCACGCUCGCCAACCAGUCGCUUCGCGGCGCUCGGGCGGUGGCGGCGCCCAAGCUGGGCGCCCUGGCCGCGCUGGAGCCUCUGUUGACGCUGGCGCCCGCCGCCGUGCCGCAUGUGCUGUUCUCGUCCGUGGCGUCGCUUCUGGGCUCCCCAGGCCAGGCCAACUACGCGGCUGCCAAUGCGGGCCUGGACGCCGCGGCAACAGCCAUGACCUUGCGCGGUGUGCCGGUGGUGUCCGUGCAGUGGGGACCUUGGGCGGGCGGCGGCAUGGCCGUGGCGACAGCCGCGCGCAACGAGGCGGCGGGCGUGGGCGCUCUGCACCCGCACCUGGGCCUUCGCGCUCUGGCGGCCGCCCUGGCGGCAGUGGACAUGACGCCGCCGCAGCCGGUGCUGGCGGCAGCGCCCUUCAACUGGCGGCGCCUCGCCGCGGCUCAGUCCGGACCGCUGCCGCCGCUGCUGUCGGAGGUCGCCUCGCCAGCUGCAGCCCCAGCUGCCGGCGAGGCUGCUGCAGGUCCUGCGCCCAAGCAGCAGCCGCUGGUGGCGCCCGCAGCGCCGCAGCCGCGGCGGCAGCAGGCGCAGCAGCAGACCGCUGCGGUGCACAGGGAGCACGUGUUGGCGGAGGUGCAGGACGCGGUGCGCGGCGUGGCGGGUGUCCCGUUGUCACCCGACGCGCCCCUGAUGGGCUCUGGCGGCCUGGACAGCCUGGGGGCUGUGGAGCUGCGCAACGCACUGGAGGCGCGGCUGGGGCUGCAGCUGCCCGGCACGCUCGUGUUCGACUACCCAACCAUCGACGCCAUUGCCACCUUCAUCACCACCACGCUCAGCACCAGCAGCAGCGGCAGCAGCUCCGGCCGUGGUGACAGGGACAGUGGCAGGCGGGUCGGGCAGUCGGCGGCUGCGGCGCCUGCCUGGGAUGACCAUGCUGGCGACGGGGACCAGGCGCUUCUGGGCGCGGCCCUGACCAGCUUCGAUGACAACAUGGAGUUUGUGGAUGAGGAGGACGAGCCGUCCACUGGCGAUGCGGCACUGGGGCGGCCGCGGGUGCGUCUGGCUGCUGGCAGCAGGGCAGCGGCUGCAGUCCCGCGCGGGGCGGUGGCGCCUGCCGGCGCGCUGCCGCAGCCGGGUAUGCUGGUGGCGGUGGUGGCGGCCGCACACGCGGUGCCGGGCGACUGCCCCGCGCGGCUGCCCGGCCUGGGAGGCAGCGGCGCGGCGCUUCAUGACGUGGUCACGCCCGUGCCCCUGGACAGGUGGGACGCGGAGCGCGCGCUCACAGACGACCUGCCGCCGCGCUUUGGUGCCUUCCUGCCGCCCGGUCGCAUCACCACCUUUGACGCGGCCGCCUUCGGCAUCAGCGGCCCUGAGGCCGCCGCCAUGGACCCGCAGCAGCGGCUGCUGCUGGAGCUGGCAGCGGAGGUGCUCACCAGUGGCGUCGCCGCCGCCGCCACCGCCGUAGCGAUGAGUGCGACGGGGGGCAGCAGCCACCAGGCGCUAGGGCGGUUGUCGGAUGAGGCGUCGGCGUCGGCCGUGGGCGUGUUCGUGGGUGUAUCCACUCCUGACUACGCUGACCUGCAGACGGCACACGCGCCCAUCGGCGUGUACAGCGCCACAGGCGCCGCCCUCUCGGUCGCCUCCGGCCGGCUGUCGUACACCUUUGGCCUGCGCGGCCCCGCCGUGACGGUGGACACCGCCUGCUCCUCGUCGCUGGUGGCGGCGCACGCGGCGGUGCGUUGCCUGGCCGGCGGCGACUGCGGCCGGGCACUGCUUGCCGGCGUGCGCACGCUCCUGACGCCCAACCUGUCAGCCAUGUUCAACACGGCUGGAAUGCUAUCGCCUGAGGGCCGCUGCAAGACGCUGGACGCCUCGGCGGACGGCUACGUGCGCGGCGAGGCGGCAGCGGCCAUGGUGCUGCAGUCCUGGCGGCAGCACGAGGGCCAUAGUGGCAGCGGAGGUGGUGGAGGCGAUAGCGAGAGGGCGCAGCCAACAGGCGUGCUGGCGCUGUUGGCAGCUUCUGCGGUGAACCAGGACGGCCGUAGCAGCAGCCUCACCGCGCCCAACGGGCCUGCGCAGCAGGUGGUGCUGCGGGCGGCGCUGGCGGCAGCGGGUGCGUCGGCGUCGGCGGUGGCGUUCCUGCAGAUGCACGGCACCGGCACACCGCUGGGCGACCCCAUCGAGGUUGGCGCCGCCGCCGCCGUGAUGCUGCAGCCGCAGGCCAAGCCCGCUGCAGCCGCUUCCCUCCCGCGCUCCGCGCCCCUUCCGUCGUCGCCACUGGUGUUCGCCUCCGACAAGAGCGGGCUAGGCCACACCGAGCCCGCCGCCGGCUUGAUGGGCCUGCUACACAGCACCGGCGGCCUGGCGGCGGCCGCCACCGCGCCGCUGCUGCACCUGACGGCUCCCAACCCUCACCUGCACGAGCUGCUGCAGGCGUCUCAGUCGGCGGCUGCAGAGAGCAGCGGCGGCGAAGGCGCCCGGGGCAUCGCACUGCCGCGCAGCGGCGCCGGGCGGCCCGCGCCGCGUGCUGCUGCUCACCACGGUGCGGUGGCAGCAGGGCAGGCGGACGCAGACGAGGAAGCGCUGCUUCUGUGCGGCGUCAGCUCAUUCGCUUUCCAGGGCACCAACGCGCACGUGCUGCUCUGCCCGCCGGCGCCGGACACCGCGGGUGCCGCACCUCGCACCAGCGACGGCGGCCGCCAGAAGUUCGGCGCCUGGCAGCGGCAGUACGCAUUCGUGUUGCCGCCCGCACACGCCCUGUGCCGCAGUGCCGCUGUCACGAGUGCUACUGCCAAAAUCACGUGGUGUGCCGACCUGACGCACCCCACCGUGCAGUUCCUGCGGGACCACGUGGUGGCCGGCCGCACCGUGUUCCCCGGGGCGGGCUAUCUGGAGAUGGCUGUAGCAGCCGCGCACAUCGCCAGCCACGGAAGCACCAGCAGCGCAAGUGGCGGCGGUGGCGUUGUGGCACUGGCUCACGUAUCAAUCCAGGCGCCGCUGAUCCUGCCAGCAACGACGACGGCAGCGGAGCCUGCCAAGGCUGCUGCGGGUGCUGCGGUGGUGGCGGCGUCUGUCGCCGCGGCCAAGGCAGCUGGCGUACAGCUGCAGGUUGUGCUGGACACAACCAGCGGCGCUAUCACCGUGCAGAGCAUCAGUGGCAGUAGCAGCAGUGCCAGCAGUAGCCGGCGGUCGAGGCGCGACACGGCAGCACCCGUGGUGCACCUAACCGCACAGGUAGCCUUCGUGGCGGCCGAUGGCAGCAGUAGCGCGGCCGCCGCCAGCACCGCCAAGGGCGGCCCGCUGCCGGCCACCCGCCCACCCACCACAGCCCCUGCCGCAGCAUCGACAGCACCUUCGACCGACUCGUCACCAACGGUGCCAGCUUUUGCCGGGCGCCGACAGCAGCUGCUCAGUGCAGACGCGCUCCGCGCCGCGGCGCCGGAGCCGCUACCCGCCGCCGCCAUGUACGGCAGUCUGGCGGCGGCGGGGCUGCAGUACGGCCCAGCCUUCCGGCGGCUACGAAACCUGCACCAGCAGGGCAGCAGUGGUGGCGGCGCUGGCGGCCUGGCCACGGCCUGCCUAGCGCCCGUGUCCGUGACUGCUGGUGCUGUGUCGGAGGCGUCGGAUGCAGGAGCUGUGGUUGGGCCCCGGGACGGCGCCGCCGCAGCCGCUGCCGCGGGUGGCUACCUGGUCCACCCGGCGCUGCUGGACUCGGCCUUCCAGCUGGGCGGCGCGGUGCAGGACGGUGGCGGUGACGGCGACAGCAGCAGUGGCCGCCACAGCGGCGCCACCUACGUGCCGGUGGCGGCGCAGCUGGUGUGCGUCGCGGUGUCGGCGCAGACGGGUGCGGGCGCGGCGGCCACAGUGGCUGAUGGCUCGCGUCCGCUCUUCGCAGUGGCCCUGGCCGGUAGCAGCACCGGCAACAGCAACAGCACCAGCAGUAGCAGCCAUGUGCAGGGCGCAGCUGCAGCGGCCUCAGCCGCCGCGGCCGCGACCGCACCGCUCAUCCGCCACGUGCACAUGUACGACUGGCACGGGCAGCCGCUGGUGCAGGUCGUCGGCCUGGAGUCCCGGGCCGUGAGUGCAGGCGCCGUCGGGGCGGCUAGCAGCAGCAGCAGCAGCGCUGCGGCGGCGGGCGGUCAGCGGUCAGCAGGUGCGGCUGAAGUUGCGGCGAGCGCCGCGGCCGCCACCGGGGCCGGGGCUGCGGAGCCCGAUGCGGGAUUGUACUGUGUGCAGUGGGUGGCGGAGCAGCCUCUUGCGGCGGAGUUGCAGGCGGAGGAGGAUGUGCGGGCGGAGGAGCAAGCCAGCGCGCAGCACCGCCCGCCAGGCGCUGCCUGGCUUGACAUGGCGGUGCACGGCGGGCGCAGCCAGCAGCUGCUGUCGCAGGCACUGCAGGCGCUGCAAGGCGGCACCCGCGCCGGGGUCGCCGCAGUGGCUCUUUGCGCCCCUGCAGGCGGCGCCAGCGUCUUCCCAGUCACACAGCCCGCAGUGAGCGCGGCUGCGGCCAGUGACUGCGCCGGCCUGCAGGGGCUGCUGCGUACGGCAGCGCAGGAGAGCGGCGGCAGCACCGGCAGCGGCCUGCACGUGCAGAGCUUGCAGCGGGACCCCUGGGCUGCGGCCCUGCCGUGCCGCGGCCCCGGCCUGACGGCAGCGUUCGGCAUGGGCACCAAGGACGCGCUGACGCAGGGUGGCAGUGCCGGCACUGGGCCAGGCUUUGAUGGGUACGGCGUCAGCACAGCAGCGGCAGUCACGUACGUGCCAAGGUUGCUGCCGUCGGCUGCGGCGGCCUCCGCGCCGCCGCCGCCUUUCAAGCUGCUGCCACUGCCCAAGGGCUCGCUCAAUAGCCUGAAGCCCGUGCCGCUGGUGCCUGUGACGGCCGCGGACGGCAUUACAGCCGGCGGCCUGCCGGCGUGCGGCCCUGGCACCGUGCUGCUGCGGGUGCAUGCUGUUGGCAUCAACUUCAGGGACGUGCUCAACGUGCUGGGCAUGUACCCGGGAGACCCUGGAGCGCCUGGAGGAGACUGUGCAGGAGUGGUUGUGGCAGCCGGCGCAGACGUGGCAGCCGCACCCACAGCCCCGCUCCCUGGCCGGGCCGUCUUUGGCCUGGCCACAGGCAGCCUGGGCUCGCACGUGCUCGCCAGCGCGCAGACGCUGGUGCCCAUGCCGCCCACGCUCAGCUUCGAGCAGGCAGCCACCACUCCCACGGUGUUUGUGACCGUGGCGGCAGCGCUUCGUCAGGCGGCGGCGCUGUGCCGCGGAGAGUCUCUGCUGCUGCCUGCUGCGGCAGGCGGCGUGGGCCUGGCGGCGGCGCAGGUGGCCGCGGCGCUGGGUGCGGAGGUGGUUGCGACGGCGGGCAGCCCGGCCAAGCGCGCGCUGCUGCGGCGGCAGGGCAUUCGCCACGUGGCCAACAGUCGCGACCUGACCUUCGCGGAGGAGGUGGUGACGGCCACGGGCGGCCGCGGCGUGUGUGUGGUGCUGAACAGCCUGACCAGCCCGGGCAUGGUGGGCGCGAGCCUGUCUGCCGUGUCUCGUGGCGGUCGGUGGGUGGAGAUCGGCAAGCGUGACAUCUGGUCGGCUGCGCGUGUGUCGUGCGAGCGUCCGGACGUGCGCUACGGCCUGCUCGCGGUGGACUUCAUGCCUGCUGCGGUGCUGCACGCGGGCCUGAGCGCUGUGUCUGCCGGCCUUGCGUCUGGCUCUCUGCGCCCUCUGCCUGCGGCCGUGCACUCUUUGUCCUCGGUUGCGGCAGCGCUGCGUCAGAUGUCUCAGGCGCGUCACGUGGGCAAGGUUGUGGUGUCGGCGGCUGCAACGACCGUGCCCCAGGCCCUGCCCGCGGGUGCACCCAGCGCGUCCACCAUCAGCGGUAUGGUCCGCGGCGGCCGUGUGGUGAUUACGGGCGGCACUGGCACACUCGGACUGCUGUUGGCCAAGUGGUUCACUCAGCAGCACGCAGCCUCAGAGGUGGUGCUGCUCAGUCGCAGCGGCGCGCUGCCAACAGCCGCCGCCGCCGAGCUGCUUCCGUCGUCACCGGAUGCCGUGAUCACGUUGGUAUCCUGCGAUGCGGCCGCGGCAGGCGAGCUCCUCUCCGCAGCGUCCACUGCCGCGGCAGCCAGCGACCAGCACAGCGCCUGCCGGCCGCCAUCGCUGCUGGUGCAUGCAGGCGGAGUGCUGGCGGACGGAAUCCUGCCGCGCCAGACGCUGGCGGCGCUUCGUCGAGUGCUGGCGCCGAAGGCCGCGGCCCUGCAGCACCUUAACACGAUAGCCAGCCGCUACCCUAUGGCAGGUCAGGUGCUGUUCUCAUCUAUUGCAUCCCUGUUGGGGGCGCCGGGACAGGCCAACUAUGCUGCCGCAAACGCGGGGCUAGACGGCCAUGCAACCGCCACCGGAGCGGCGGGACUGCCGGUGGUAUCUGUGCAGUGGGGCGCGUGGGCCGGCGGCGGCAUGGCGGCCGCGGACUCGCAGACGGCUGCCCGCGUGGAGCGCAUGGGCAUGUCUCUGAUCCAGCCUCAGCAGGGCCUGGCGGCUCUGCAGGGCGUGCUGUCAGCGUUGACGGCUGCAAGGGUGCCGAGCACGAGUGGCCCAGACGCCGUAGUUGCAGCCAAUCCCUUCCGCUGGCCAACCUUCCUGCGCCGCCUGCCGGCCGGCCCUCCCGCGCUCCUGUCGCACUUUGCGACAACCGCAGCCGCGGCGGGUGCGGGUGGGUCACAGCCGCAGGCGCUGUCAUCCGGUGCCACUACGAGUCGCGAGCGCGGAGCAGCAGCUGUCGCCCGCGGCAGCACCAGCAGCCGGCGCAGGGCCCGCAUCCAAAGCCCCACAGGCGCAACCUCCGGACCCACAUCCGUCGUGCCCGCCGCAGCCGCCGCAGCCAGCCCCAGCGCCGCCGCCAUCCUGGCCACCGUCACGGACACGGCGGCGUCGGUGAUGGGCGUGGCCUCGCUGGACCCAGCCGCCGGGCUCAUGGAGGCGGGCCUGGACAGCCUGGGGGCGGUGGAGCUGCGCAAUGCGUUGUCGCGUGCCUUCGGUCUGGAGCUGCCGCCGACGCUCAUGUUCGACUACCCCUCGGCGGCGGCUGUAGCGGCCUACGUGGAGGGCGAGCUGGCGGCUGGCGGCGGGGCUGUAGCAGCGGCGGUGGCUGCAGCAGCCGGCAGUGGCGAGGAGGAUGCGGAGGGUGUGGAUGAGGAGGAUGAGUACAUGUCGGAAGGCUGGGACCAGGAGGAGGAAGAGGAGGCAUCAGAGUUGGGCACGGAGGUCGCGGUGGCUGCGCGCAACCGCAGCAGCCGCAUGGGCCGCCAGAUCCGCGGUGGCGGUGCUCGCGAUGUCAGCGGCUCCAAGCUGGUUGUGGUGAGCGGCAUCAGCACGCGCUUCCCUGGCGGCGUGGACAGCCUGCAGCGCCUGCACCAGGCCAGCCGCGACUGCGCCGAGCUGCAUUCACCGGCGCCGUUCGAGCGCUGGGACCCCGAGCUGGCGUACCUGGCGCCCGGAGACGGCGUGGCCACACGCCUGGGCGCCUACGUGCCGGGGGUGCACGACUUCGACGCCGCCGCCUUUGGGCUCAGCACCGGCGAGGCGGCGGCCUUGGACCCGCAGACGCGGCUGCUGCUGGAGCAGUGCGCUGCGGCCUGCUGGGAGGCCGGGAGGCCACUUGCAGGCCUUGUAGGUGCCCCGGUGGGCGUGUUCGUGGGCUGCAUCUGGCUGGAGUUUGGGGAGCUGCUGGCGGCGGUGGGCGCUGCAGGCGGCGGCGGCGGUGGCGCGCACGUGGUGACCGGCAACGGCCUGGCCUUCAUGGCGGGGCGCGUGUCAUACACCUUCGGCCUCACAGGCCCUUGCGUGCCCACCAACACCGCCUGCUCCUCAUCGCUGGUGGCGGCGCACCUGGCGGCGGCCUCGCUCCGCGCCGGCGAGUCCGCGCCCGCCGCGCUGGCCGCCGGCGUCAACGCCAUGCUGCUGCCGCGCGGCGCCUCCGCCGCCAUGACCCGCGUCGCCGCGCUGUCGCCCGACGGCCGCUGCAAGGCCUUUGGCGCCGAGGCUGACGGCUACGGCCGCGGUGAGGGCUUUACAGCGCUGCUGCUAGAGGCCCUGGAUGCUACAGCCGGCAGUGCCGCUGGCGGCGCGCCGGUGGCAGCUACAGCCGAUGUCGGCCGGGCGAGGGCGAUGGGACCGCUGGCGGUGCUGGCUGGGUCUGCGGUGAACCAGGACGGCCGCAGCAGCGGGCUGACGGCUCCGCACGGGCCCAGCCAGGCUGCGCUCGUGGCGGCCGCGCUGGCGGCGGCGGGCGCCGACGCGCUGUCCUUCGUGGCCACACACGGCACCGGCACGCCGCUGGGCGACCCCAUUGAGAGCAACGCGCUGCGCAAGGCCCUGCAGCUGGCUGCCAGCGCCCGGGGCGGCAGCAGCAGCGGCAGCAGCAGCGCCACUGCUCCUACUGCGGCAGUGCAGCGGCAGCUGGUGACGCUGGGCGCGGUGAAGAGCCUGACAGGCCACCUGGAGGGCACUGCCGGCCUGGCGGGUCUUCUGCAGGCGGUGGCGGCGCUGACGCAGCGCGCCGCGCCACCGCUGCGGUACCGCAACAUCAACCCGCACGUGGCCUCCACGCUGGAGGGCGCUGGCGGCGGCGCUGGCGGCGGCGCGGCGAUCCGCCUGCCUAUCGGGCCGGCCCCGUCGCCUGACCUGGACCUGGCAGACGAGUCGGAGCUGUUUGCCGGCACCAGCUCCUUCGGCAUGAGCGGCGUCAACGCGCAUGCCGUGGUGCGGCUGCUAGGCGGCAGCAGCAGCGCGGGACAGGCGGUUGCAACUGUGCCUGGGGCGGAGGCGGAGGCGCCAGGGCUCAUGCAGCAGCCACAGCAGUGGCGACCGCUCGACUUCGCGCGACUGGUGCCGCUGCCGCUCGGCCACCCGCUGGUGCACCGCGUGCUACAGCCGGCUUGGCUGCCGCCGCCGGCUGCAGCUGCUACAGCUGCUGCGGGCUCGCCGGUGGUGGAGCUGGUGCUGCCGCUGGCGCCGUGCUGUACGGCGGCCGUGUCGUACCUGUGCGACCACGUGGUGGCCGGGCAGCCGCUGUUCCCCGGGGCCGGCUACCUGGAGAUGGCUGUAGCAGCCGCAGUGGCGGCCGCGCCCUCGGCCUUUGCAGGUGCUACUGCCGCCGCAGCGGGUGCCGUCGAGGGGACGACGGCGGCGGUGGCGUCGCUGGUGCUGACGGGUGUGCGCUUCCUGGCGCCGUGCGUGCUGCCGGCGCCCGACAGCAGUGACGGAGAGCCGGUGCGGUCGCAGCCACGGCAGCCACGGGAGCUUGUGGCUCAGCUGAACACGGACACUGGAGAAGUGCGCAUCCUGUCGCGCGGCGGCGGCAGCAGUGCCGGCAGCGGCAGCAGUGGAAGCGGUGGCAACAGCGCAAUGACGGUGCACAUGACGGCGGCCGUCGCGCUGCUGCCCACCAUGGGUGCGGCCACCACCGGCAAGGGCGCUGCCUCAUGGCAACCCAUAGCGACCGCAGCGAGCGCCGCUGGGGAGGGCGGCCAGCAGACGCAGCCGCAGCCCCUGUCGCAGCCGUCUGUUGCACGACGGUCGCCACUGUCUUCGGACGCGCUGCGCGCCCGCUGCCCCGAGCCGCUGGCCGCACGUGGCCUGUACAGCGCGCUGCACGCCGCCGGGCUGCAGUACGGCCCCGCUUUCCGGGCCCUGCAAUCCGUGCACACUACCGCCACCGCCACCGCUACCUCUGCAUCGGGGGCCGGCGGUGCGGCCAACGGUGCAACGGCGGCGGCUGCAGCAGGCCGCCUGUCGCCGCGGCCGGCGGCCACGGCUGCUGCAGCUGGCGGCGGCGACGCGCAUGUGACCGGCGGCUACUUCCUACACGUGGCCGCGCUGGACGGAUUGCUACAGCUCGGUGCCGCGCUGCCUACUACAGCCGGAAGUAGCGGCAGCGGUGGCAGUGGGGGUGGCCACACGUUCGUGCCGUAUGCGUUGGACGCGUUCACAGUCUCUCUGAAGCAGCGGGCCGACAACGCGCCGCUCUGGGGCAGUGCCGAGGCGGCGGCAGCGCCCUCGGCGUCGGCAGGGGCUGCAGCGGCCGCUGCUGCCCCCGCGGAGCUGCACCGCAACCACACGCUUCUCGACGAGGACGGCGCCGUGGUGUGCUCGCUGCACAACCUCACCACCCGCCCCAUCACGCUGGGCGGAGGCGCCAGCGGCAGCGCUGGCGCAGCCACAAGGGGCCGGGCGGGAGCCGGCAGGGCAGGGGGUAUUGAUGGCACGCAGCCGGCUGGGCAGAUUCUGACGGAUGUGGCCUGGCUGGUUUCAGACCCCUGUGAGGACGAAGUGCUGCACGAGCAGGCACAAGCGGGGGAUGCUGCCGAAAGCUACGUCCUCACAAGCAGCGCCGCCGCCCCUGCAGCCGCCGCCGCCGCCGCAAACGCGCUGGCUGCGAUGCAGCAACUGGCGGGCGCGGGUGUCUCGGGUGCAGCACAGCUGCAGCUGCCGGUGGCGGCAACACACAAUGCCUCGGGUCUUGAUGCUGUGGCGGCACUCACAGGCCUGGGCGGCAUGCUCCGCACCUUCAACGCCGAGCACCCAGCAGCACGCGCCAUCUCCCUCACUGCGCACGCUGAAGGCGGCGAGCCCAUUUUCGCAAACAGGAUGGCCGUUGGUGGCGCCGCCGCCACAUUCCGCGUGAGUGCGCAUCUGCAGCAAGCGGCUGCAACAGAGGCGCCGGAUGGCUACGGCCCCUCAGCCGCCGCGGGUGCUGUCAGCAGGGCUGUGCUUGUGCCGUCGGCUGCAGCGGCCUCCGCGCCGCCGCCGCCCUUCCAGCUGCUGCCGCUGCCCAAGGGCUCGCUCAACAGCCUGAAGCCUGUGCCGCUGGUGCCUGUGACGGCAGCGGACGGCAACACAGCCGGCGGCCUGCCCGCGUGCGGCCCUGGCACCGUGCUGCUGCGGGUGCAUGCUGUCGGCAUCAACUUCAGGGAUGUGCUCAACGUGCUGGGCAUGUACCCGGGAGACCCCGGAGCGCCCGGCAGUGAUUGCGCUGGUGUGGUUGUGUCAGCCGGCGCAGACGUGGCAGCCGCACCCACAGCCCCGCUCCCUGGCCGGGCGGUCUUCGGCCUCGCCACAGGCAGCCUGGGCUCGCACGUGCUCGCCAGCGCGCAGACGCUGGUGCCCAUGCCGCCCACGCUCAGCUUCGAGCAGGCAGCCACCACUCCCACCGUGUUUGUGACCGUGGAGGCAGCGCUUCGUCAGGCGGCGGCGCUGUGCCGCGGAGAGUCUCUGCUGCUGCCUGCUGCGGCAGGCGGCGUGGGCCUGGCGGCCGCGCAGGUGGCCGCGGCGCUGGGUGCGGAGGUGGUUGCGACGGCGGGCAGCCCGGCCAAGCGCGCACUGCUGCGGCGGCAGGACAUUCGCCAUGUGGCCAACAGUCGCGACCUGAGCUUCGCGGAGGAGGUGGUGACGGCCACGGGCGGCCGCGGCGUGUGUGUGGUGCUGAACAGUCUGACCAGCCCGGGCAUGGUGGGCGCGAGCCUGUCUGCCGUGUCUCGCGGCGGUCGGUGGGUGGAGAUCGGCAAGCGCGACAUCUGGUCGGCUGCGCGUGUGUCGGUCGAGCGUCCGGACGUGCGCUACGGCCUGCUCGCGGUGGACUUCAUGCCUGCUGCGGUGCUGCACGCGGGCCUAAGCGCUGUGUCUGCCGGCCUUGCGUCUGGCUCUCUGCGCCCUCUGCCUGCGGCCGUGCACUCUCUGUCCUCGGUUGCGGCGGCGCUGCGUCAGAUGUCUCAGGCGCGCCACGUGGGCAAGGUGGUGGUGUCGGCAGCGGCGGGGCCCUUAGCACACGGCGCUGCAGCCUCCGCCGCUGGGGACCUCAGCCGCUCAGCCCUAUCGACAGCCGGCGGCACUGUCAUGGUGCUGGGUGGCACUGGCACGCUGGGUGUGCUCGUGACCAAGUGGCUCGCGGCGGAGGCGGGUGUCAAGAGACUGGUGCUGUUGGGCCGCACCGGCAGGACGGCCGCGCCUGCAGCCGCUGCAGCGGACGCCUCGGCCCUGCAUGCUGCCGCCACGCGGGACGCAGCGGUCACGGUGUUUGCAGCCGACGCCUCCACGCGCAGCGAUCUGGCCGCGGCGGUGGCAGCUGCAGCGAGCGGUGGCGAUGGCAUCAGCGCCGUCAUCCAUGCGGGCGGAGUGCUUGCGGAUGCCACCUUCGCCUCGCAGACGCUGGCGGCGCUGCGACAUGUGGUGUCAGCCAAGUCCAGCGCCGCCGCACGUCUGGCAAGCCUGGUGGCAUCCCUGCAGCCAGCAGCCGCACACGUGCUGUUCUCAUCUGUGGCGUCUCUGCUGGGCUCUCCGGGCCAGGCCAACUACGCGGCUGCCAAUGCGGGCCUGGACGCCGCGGCCGCGGCCAUGACGUCGCGCGGCGUACCCUACGCGUCAGUGCAGUGGGGCGCGUGGGCCGGCGGCGGCAUGGCGGCCGCGGACUCGCAGACGGCUGCCCGCGUGGAGCGCAUGGGCAUGUCUCUGAUCCAGCCCCAGCAGGGCCUGGCGGCACUCGAGGCCGUCAUUGGCGCGCUGUCCGGCGGACCCGCUGCUGUGCCGCCGCUGCUGCCGCCGCCUGCGCCACCAGGCGUGGUCGCCGCGGUGCCUUUCAACUGGCCCGCGCUCCUGGGCGGCUUCGGGCGGAAGGGCCAAUCCAUCCCGCACUUGUUCUCACACAUGGCCGAUGUCACGGGCGUGAGCAGCAGCAGCAGCAGCAGCAGCAUGGAGGGAGGAGCUGCAGCAGGUGCACAGGCGCUGGCGGCAUCGGCGUCGCCGUCCGCCCGCGCAGGCCGCGGAAGUGGCGGCAUGGGCUCCCGCCAGCAGAUUGCGGCGGCGGUGGAUGAGUGCAUUCGGGGAGUGGUGGGCGGUGGCAAUGGAGCGGGCGACCUGUCACCCGACGCGCCCCUGAUGGGGUCCGGCGGCCUGGACAGCCUGGGGGCGGUGGAGCUGCGCAACGCACUGGAGGCGCGGCUGGGGCUGCAGCUGCCCGGCACGCUCGUGUUCGACUACCCCACGCCCGCAGCCAUCACAGAGUUCAUCGCCGCACAGCUGGUCAAAGAGGAUGCGGCGCAAGAUGACGCGGCCCUGACCGCGGCGGCCACAGCCGGCGGCGGCGGCGCUCUGCUGCCGCUGACGUUAGCACCAGCGGCUUCACCGGCCCUGCACCGCGCAGCGGCUUCGUCCGCCGUGGUGGGCAUCACAGGCAUCUCCAGUCGCAGCCCUGGCGGUGCGGCCACGUCCCUGACAGUCGUGGACGCCAUCACGCCUGUGCCGCUCUCCCGCUGGGACAUCGACCGCCUGUGGGCUGCGGGCAGUAGCAGCAGCAGUGGGGUCCCGCCCGCGCGGUUCGGCGCGUGGCUACCGGCUAUCGACCUCUUCGACGCCGCCGCGUUCGGCAUCAGCGCGCCCGAGGCGGCGCUCAUGGACCCGCAGCAACGGCUGCUCAUGCACGUUGCGCACGAGGCCGUUUGCCAGGCUGUAGCAUCGGCGGCAGGGCCGGGCAACGGUGCAGGCGGAGGCGGGGGCAGCGGCAGGGCGCUGCCGGCUGCGGGCCUGGAAGUGGCGGUGGCCAUUGGCAUUGCUAGCGCCGAGUACACCAACUGGGUCUGCAGGCGCGCGGGCGUGGGCGCCUCGGCGUACGGCGCCACCGGCGGCGCGCUGUCCGUGGCCUCGGGCCGGCUGUCGUAUUUGUACGGCUUCACCGGGCCCUCGGUGUCUGUGGACACGGCCUGCAGCAGCAGCCUGGUGGCGACGCACUGGGCGCUGCAGGAGGCGCUGCUGCAGGCAGCGGGUGGAGGUGCAGGUGCAGGCGGAGGUCGCGGUGCGGCGCGGCGGCGGGCCCCGCUGGCGGCCCUGGCUUCCGGCGUGGGUGUCCUGCUCAGCCCGGAGCCGACUGCGAUGUUCCAAAAAGCAGGCAUGCUGUCGCCCGACGGCCGCUGCAAGACACUGGACGCCACAGCCGACGGCUACGUGCGCGGCGAGGCGGUGGGUGCGCUGGCCCUGAGCGUCCUGACGAGCGGCGACUCCCAGCAGGCGCCUCAGCAGGCGCAGCCGUGCCUGGCGGUCAUGCGCACAUCCGCGGUGAACCAGGACGGCCGGAGCAGCAGCCUCACCGCGCCCAACGGCCCUGCACAGCAGGCGGUGCUGCGGGCGGCGCUGGCGGCAGCGGGUCUGCAGGCCUCGCACGUCAGCACCUCUCAGCUCCACGGCACCGGCACGCCGCUGGGAGACCCGAUCGAGCUGGGCGCCUUGGCGGCGGUGCUCCGGCCCCCGCCGGCUGCGUCCAUGGCCACCAAGGGCACCACCACCACCAUCACAGCGCACGCACCAUCUCAGGCGGCGCCACAAACGCAGACGCUGCCUCUCAGCCUGGCCGCGGUCAAAUCCAAACUCGGCCACACGGAGGCGGCGUCGGGCGUCAUGGGCAUCGCGCAUGGCUUGGCGGGGCUGGGUGCGGCGGCCGCGGACUCGCUGCUGCACCUGUUGUGCGUCAGCCCCUACGUCGCCGCCGCGCUAGGCUACGGCGACGGUGGCGGCGGGGACGGCGACAUCAGCAGCGAUGCAGGGGGAGGUAGCGGCAGGUGGUUGUUGCCCAGGCAGUCGGCGCCCGCAGCCGCAGCAGCAAGCGGCGGCGGGGCCGACACGGAGCCGGAGGCGGCGGUGACCGGUGUGAGCGCCUUCGCCUUCCAGGGCACCAACGCACACGUGCUGCUGCAGCGCGACACCAGCAAUGGCGGAGUACGGAGUGCCACCUCCCCCAGCGGGCCGCUGCACUGGCGACGCCGCCGCGUGUGGGUGGUGCCGCCGGCCAGCCUGCUGCUGUCAGCCGCCGCUGCCUUCUCCUUCUCCUCUCGGGUCCCUGGGACCCCAGCAGCAGGAGCAGCGGCCGUGUUCGAGGUUGACCUGCGGCAGCCGGCGCUGGCCUCAGUCCUUUCUGGCGGCCUGACGCUGACCACACCGCGCGGCAGGGCGUCUGCUCUGCUGCCCACAGGCUUCCUGUUGGAGGUUUGUGCCGCGGCCUUGCGGCAGCUGCACCACAGCACGGCUGUCGGCGGCGUGGAGGAGGAAGCGGCGGUGGCGGCUUUCGCUGCUGCUGGGGGCAGCGGCAGCGGCAGGGGCAGCGUGGACGUUGCUGCUGGCGGCUGCGGUCUGCUGCUGGCGCUGAGCCACGUCACGUUUCACUCGCCCGUUGACGUCUUCGGCCUCUUGGGUGGUGGCGAGGGCGGCACGGCGGCGGUGGAGCAGCGCCAGCCGCAGCAGCUGGUGUGCGUGGUCCGGCCCGCAAGCGGCACUCUGGAGGUGGUGACGGUGCGGCGUUAUCAGGAGGAGCACGAGGACAGGGUCGACGAGGAGGAGGAAGAAGAGAGCAGUGAGGGGGCGGUGGCGGCUGAGUCAGCGCAACGGCACGUCUCGGCAUCCUUCACCCGCCUGCUGCAUUGCGGCCCAGGCUCCACUCUUGCUGCCAGCGCGCCACCGCCAGCAGACAGCACAGACGUGCUCGCGGCUCUCGCGCGCGCCCUGCACCUGCCACUGCCGCAGCAGCUUGGCCUGGCAGCGCCCGCAGCAGCCGCCACAUGCGGCAUUGCGCCCGAAGUGCUGUCGUCAUCGUCAUCGUCGUUGUCGGCGGCGGCGGCGGCUCGUGGCAGCGGCGCAUCUGCUGCGGGUGGUGGCGGCGGUGUGGGCGGUGUGUUCGGGUCGCCGUGUGGCCUGGAGGCGUCGCUGCAGCUGCAGGCUGUGCUGGUGGUGUCGCAGGGCCGCAGCGGUGACGCCGAAGGGCCGAGCGGCGGUCGCAUUCAGGUCGUGUCGCACAUCGACUGUGUGCACCUGCCUGCAGCAGCAACGGCAGCUGACGGCGCAGGCCGCCUGCACGCAAGCGCUGUCGCCUCGGCGGCGUCGGCUGCCGCUGCGCCGUCAACCGACCUGCGUCUCAGCGGCUGCUUGGCGGCAGCCACCGCCGACAACACCGGCCACGGGGGACCCGCAGUCAGCCCGGCGGCCGCUAUCUCCCAAACCCUGUGGAAGCUCAACGGCGUGCGUUUGCGCAGCGCGGCCAUUGCCGCGCAUCCACUCACCGCCAACACUGCCGGCAUCAGUGGCAGCCAUGGCGGCGCCACCGACGCGGCCACAGCGGCAGUACUGGCCCCUACGGGCGCCGCAGCCGCGUCCGUGGACACCGCCCACAUACGGCGCGUGGUGCGGGAGGCGGUGACGGCGGCGCUGGGUGGUGGCGACGUUGCCGAUGACGCGCCGCUCAUGUCGUCCGGCCUGGACAGCCUGGCUGCGGCGGAGCUGCACAGCGGGCUCCAGUCCUCUCUGGCGAUCAGCCUGCCGCCCACACUGGUGUUCGACUUCCCCACAAUCGCCGCCGUGGCGGACCACAUCGCGGAGCGCCUGCGGCAGCAGCAGCAGCAGCAGGAUGCGGGAGCCGGAUAUGCGGCCAUGGGUGGUGGUCUGAGGAGGCAAAGCCGGCUGAGGGGUGGCGCGGUCUCCGCAACAGCCUCCACGGUGGUCAGCAUCGUCGGCAUGUCCGCCCUGCCCUGGUCGCUGCUACAGCCGGCGGGCGCUGGCAGUAGCAGCAGUGCCACUUGCAGCGGUGACGCGGUCAGUCCGGUGCCGCUGUCGCGCUGGGACGCCGCGGACCCGCGAGUGCUGCAGCUGCCGGCAGGCGCCGCAGGCGGUGCGCUGCCGCCGCAGUUCGGCGCCUUCCUGCCCGGCGUGGACCUGUUUGACGCCGCCGCCUUCGGCAUCAGUCCGGCGGAGGCGGCGCUCAUGGACCCGCAGCAGCGCAUGCUGCUAGCCGCGGUGCUUGAGGCCAGGCCGCAGCAACAGGCGGCGGCGGCGGCGGCGCCGUCAGGAGCGGCGGGUGCAGGAGGGGCGGACGUGGGCGUGUAUGUGGGCAUCGGCUCAGGCGACUAUGAAGCCCUUGCUCAGCGGCACGGCGUGCAGAUCGGGCCGUACGCCUUCACGGCGGCCUCGGCUGCCGUGGCCUCAGGCCGGGUUUCCUACACCUUUGGCCUGCGCGGCCCCUCGGCCUCAGUCGACACCGCCUGCUCGGCCUCCCUAGUGGCGGCACACCUGGCGGCGGUGGCGUUGAGGUCAGGAGAGUGCGGCGAGGCCAUUGCAGCUGGCGUGCAGCUCAACCUAGUGCCGCAGUCCACACUGAUGGUGGCGGCGGCGGGGCUGCUGGCGGCAGACGGUCGCAGCAAGGUGAUGGACGCGGCAGCGGACGGCUACGGCCGUGGCGAGGCCUGCCGCGCGCUGUGGCUCCGAGCCGAGCGCCGCCGCGCCCCUGGCCGCGCUGCCGGCGCCGCCGCCACCUUCUCGUCUGCGACAGCGGCGCCCGCGCCCUUGGCGGUGCUGGUGGGCAGCGCGGUCAACACGAACGGCAAGGCCAGCGGCCUCACGGCGCCGCACGGCCCCUCGCAGCAGGCGCUGCUGGCGGCGGCGCUGGCGGCCGCCGGGCUCGCCGCCUCCGCUGUGGCGGGCCUGCAGCUCCACGCCAACGGCACGCCGCUGGGCGACCCCAUCGAGUUGGGCGCCGCCGCCGCCGUGUUCGGCAAGAGCGGCACCAGCACCGGGGCUGGCAUUUCAGCACCGGGCGGAGCGGCGGGCGCCGGCGGUGCAGGGCAGGGUGCAGGGCGGCUGCAGCCGUUCGCGGUCAUGACAGUGAAGGGCUACGGCGGUCAUCAGGAGGCGGCGGCGGGUGCGGUGGAGCUGGCGGAGACGGUGGCGGCGCUGCGGGCGCGCGCGGUUCCGCCGGCCUUCAACUUGCGCUCCCUCAACCCGCUCGUUGAGGAACCCCUGGCAGCCUUUGGAGGCGCGGCUGGGCGUGGGGCGGUGGUGGCACGCGGCGGCGUUAUGGGCCUGCCGGCGGCUGCGGCUUCAGCAGCGGCUGCCGCGGCGGGAGCUGCGGCAGGGGCAGAGCCGGAGCUGCUGAUUGUGGGCGUGAGCUCAUUCGGCGCCCAGGGCACCAACGCCCACGCCCUCAUCGGCACGCCAGCUCACGCCACGUCUGCUGCUGCCGCCGGCUCCAGCACCACCGGCCUCGCCAUCGGCGGUGUCGGCGGCCCCGCGGCGGCUGGGGCCCUGACCUGGAGCAGCGUGCGGCGGCACUGGGUCCACCCGGAGCCGCAGCUGCUGCUUUGCGCCGCACGCCUGCAGGCGUUGCGGCCCUCGGCAGCACGCCGCGGCGGCGGCGGCCUACUGGGCAGCGCCGGGCUGCUGCGCCGCACCACCCUCCUGGGCCGCCUGGACCACCCCUCCCUCGCCUACCUGUGGGACGGCACCGCCGCCGACGUCGGUGACAGCGCGGUGGAGCCGGCGGCAGUGGCAGUAGCGGCUGCGCCGCCACUGCUGACCAACGCGGCGGUGCUUGCGGCGGCCGCUUCGGCAGUGCGGCUGCUGCUCCAGCAGGACGGCGGCGGCGGCGGCGGCGGCGGCUUCCUGCUGCAGGACGUCAUGAUGGCGCCGCCGCUGCCGCUGCCAGCGGCGGCGCACGGGCUUGGUGGUGCUGCUGGAAGUGGAACUGCCAGCCGCGCGGACCCACAGGAGAUCCGGGUCACAUUGUCGCCACCAGCUGCCGCCGCUCCGGCUCAAGCUUCCGCCUUGGCCGCGGGGCAACCCAUGACGCCGCGCGGCGGUGUGCAUGCGGGCGCCGGCAGCGGCGGCGGCGGCAGUGGCGGCGGUAUGCAGCUGCGCGUGGCGGUGGGCGGCUCGCAGCAGCUCACAGCGCGUGUGGCGAUGCUGCCGCCGAGCCAGCCCGGCUCAGCGGCGGCGGCGCUGGCGGCGGCGCCUGCCGCCUCGGGUGCCGAGCAUGAGGUGUGGGCCCCGGCGGAGGCGGCGCAGCUGCCCGCGCUCCUGCGGGCACUGCUGCCUGCAGACGCCUGGCCGCUACACCUCUCCUCAUCCGCCUCCGCCAUCGACGACGAAAACCAUCGUCACCGAGCGCCUCACGACCACGUCUUUGCUGCUGCGGCCCUGGACGGCGACAGCCCGCAGCAGCAGCAGCGGCCGCAGCGGCACUCGACCGAGGCUCUGGACCCUCGGGCGGCGGAGGCGGCGAUGCAGGCGGCAGCGCUGGCGGCGUCAGAUGCCGACCUGGAGCUGUGGCUGGGGCCCUGCUACCUCGCCUCCGUAGCCGCCGUGGCUGUAGGCGGCGCCGGCGCCAGCCAGCAAGCUGGGGCAAGCGGCGGGGGCGGCGGCGGCGGCUGUGGCGGCACCUGGCUUGCGGCGGAGUGUGAGGCCAGCGCUGCUGAUGUGGCGGCUGCGUCUGCGGCAUUGCGGCCCAUCCACAUGCCCACCGCCGCUGUGCAGCAGCAGCAACAGCAACAUCAGCACACGGCGGCUGCCGCAGGAGGUGCCACUGCGGCGCUGCGGCUGUUGCUGCAUGGUGCAGUGGUGGCGCCGCUGGACGCCGCUGCGGCGGACGUGGCGCGGGCCGCCGCCGCCACACUGCACCCCGGCGAGGCGGAGCACGCGGCUGCGGCGGAGCAUGCGGCUGCGGGAGCUGACGGCGGCGGCGGCGGCAUUGGCGGUGACGGCGGCAACUGGGCUCUGCUGGCCAUGUCGCCGGAGGAGCGGCAGCUGUACCUGGCGGGUCGCAUCAUGACAGAGGUGCGGGCGCUGGUGGGGCGGCCGGUGCAUCCCUCCGAGCCGCUCAUCGCCGCGGGUGUGGACAGCCGCGCAGCCAUGGAGCUGCGCCGCAGCCUGGGCGAGGCGCUGGCGGCGGGCGCACCAGCAGCAGCUGCUACAGCUGCCGGCGACGCUGGCGCUGGUGCUACAGCCGGCGGCGGCGGCGGCUUGUCGCUGCCUGUGACGCUGUUGUACGACUACCAAUCCGUGGACGACAUCGUCGGAUACAUAGAGGGGCAGCUGCAGCGCCUGGGGCAGCAGCAGCAGCAGCAGCAGCGGGGUGGCGGCGGCGGCGGCGGUGCUACAGCCGCCGAGGUGCGGCGCCGGCUGCCCGGCCACGACGCCGAUGACGGAGGCUAUUAUGGGACCGACGACGACGAGGACGACGAUGGCGAAGGCGUGGAGGAGGUUCGUGACGCGCGCCGGGCCGCCGCACGCGAGGCUGCUGCUACUGCCGACGCUGCCGAGGCCGCCGGCAGUAGCAGCGCCGCCGCCGCCGGCCCCUCUGCCCUCCUCAAGGUGCUGCGGCCGCCGUCGGCGCCGCGGCCUCUGUUCCUUGCGGCGCCCGGUGUGGCGAACGCGCAGUCGGCGUACUUCUCCUUCUCGGCCUUCCUUCAGUGGGCGGACCAGCCCAUCUACGUGUUGGACAAGGACAACGACCUAGACAUUGACAGCCUGGCCCGGCGCAACGCGCUGGAUAUGCUGGCAGUGCAGCCGCCCGGCUCCGGCCCCUACCUGCUGGGCGGGCACAGCUACGGCGGCGUGGUGGCGGUGGCCAUCGCGCUGCUGCUGGAGGAGUGGGGGCACGACGUGGGGCUGGUGGUCAUCAUGGACACACCCAGGCCGGAGCAGGUCCGGCCUGCCCAGCCGCACGCCACCCACUGCACGGAGGCGGACGCGCUGGAGCUGAUGGAGAUGAUCCUGGGUGCACUGGGGCGGGACGCCAUAGGACUGGGCAGCAGCAUCGUGCACCCGCGCGAGAGCGACGAGUGGCGCGGCAUGAGCCUGGCCCAGAAGUUCGAGUUCUUCGCGCCCAUAUGGCGCGUCAUGCGCGAUGACCCCAUGUCGGUGGAGGAGGUGCGGCGCCAGGUCGAGUUCGUGGCGCUGGCGGUCAAGCAAGGCAGCCAGAUCUCUGACAUGCGGCGCCACCGCUUCUCCGGCCGGUUGCUGCAGUCGCGUGUGCUGUACUUCCGGGCUGACAGGCGCGGCGCCUGUGACUACGUAAACGACUCACGGUUCUGGGCGUACGCGCACGGCGUGUGCUGGGAGGGCCUGUGCACGGACCUUCAGGUGGUUGACGUGCCUGGCGACCACUUCAGCCUGCUGCGGCAGAGCCCGCGCGACAUGGGCUACUUGGUGGCGGCGCUGCAGGCGGCCCUCGGGGACUUUGGCUGGGCGGAGACGGUCGGCAGGCGGGCAGGAGCGGGAGCAGGGCCGGAGGAAGGCGCGGCAGGCGGAGCAGGCGCGGGAGGAGGCUGGGAGGGCGGCCAGCAGCAGCUGGCGCCAGCGCAGGCUGAGGAGCUGGCCGAGUACCUCACACGCAUGGGCGUGGACAGCAGCCGGGCGCAGCAGCUGGCGGGCGCGGCCGGCGGCGGCGGUGGUGCCGGAGCAGGCACAGGCGCAGCAGCCGCAGGCCAAGCCGGCGCCGCGGCUUCUGCAGGCGGCGGCGCCACUGCAGCCGGCGCAGGUGUGGUGUCAGCGCAGCCGCCGCGUGUCGGCAGCAGCUUGGGCGCCAGCGCGGCGCCUUUGAACGAGGCCGCCCGGCGGGCAGUCUCUGUAGCUACAGCCGUCGCGGCCGCCGCGCCUGCUACAGCCGCUGGCCGCGGAAGCGGCAGCCUGGCGCGGCCGUCCGGCAGCAUCGUGACGCCGGUGGCAAUCCUGCCGCCCGCUGCGGCGCGAGCGCCGCCGCCCGCCUUGCUGCCCUCGCCGUUUGCACAGCAACAGCAACAGCAACCACAGCAACAACAACAACAGCAACCGCAGCAACAACAACAACAACCGCAGCAAGCACAGCAGUCGCCGCCGCCGCUACUGCCGGUGCAGGGCCUGGAUCUGGUGCUGGUGCUGGCGGACGCAGGCCAGCGCCUGCCGCCCAUGCUGGAGUCGGCACUGGCGGGCCUGGGCCUGCCCGCCUUCACCCUGCAGCUGCCGCCCAACUCCGUCCUGCCCGACCUGCGAUCCGCGUCAGCUGUAGCAGCCGAGCUGGUGGCGGCGGCGCGCGAGGCGGCGGCGGCAGUAGCCGUGCAGCUUCAGCAGCAGGAGGCAGAGGCGGCGGCAGCAGCAGCGGCGGCCGCGACUCCGGCGGUGGGUGGGCGGCUGCCCUCGCUGCGUCGCCGUCCCAUCGGCGGGGCCGGGCGAGGCGCCGCAGGCGGCUCGGCAGCCGCUGCAGCAGCAGCAGCCGCUGUCAUGCCAGCCGCCGACUGGACUGCACGCCCGCCGCUGGCGGCGGCUGUCAUUGGCGUUGGCUUCGCCGCUGCUGUCGCCUUCGAGGUGGCAGUGCAGCUGCAGCCUCCCGCACCACACACGGCCCCGACCGGAGCGGCAGCUGCGCCGCAGGCUGCAGCCGCUGCACACGGCGCCCGCGCCGCGCCAGCACGCUCCCCGCAGCCGCCUCCCACAACACCCCAACCCCAACCACAGCCGCCGCCGCCGCCGCCUGCGCUGCAUGCGGCGGUGCUGGUGCUGGUGGAGGACCCUCUGCUGCGGCGCUGCUGCGAGGUGUGCGCGCAGCCCUGGUUCCAGCUGCGGGACUGGGCGGCGGGCUGGCGGCCGGACCUGGACCUCUCAGAGUUCGCGGCCGUGGGGCGACUGCUGGAGGAGCAGGGCCAUGCCGCUCAGCUGGAGUACGUGGCGGGCCUGGUGCCGGCGGGGCUGUCGCGCGGCGAGUGGGAGGCCAUGGCGGAGGAGGCGGCGCGCGCAGCCAACGGCCGCGGCGGCUACUCCUGGGAGGAGAUGCAGUACAGCUGGGCGGUGCUGUACGGCAUGAUUCAAAAUCUGCACGAGCGGUACGGCGUCAUGGAGGCGGCGGCGGCGGCGAUGACUGCGGCGGCGCCGUCCGGCAGUGGCGGCGCUGCCGCCGCAGCGCAACUGUUGGCGGUUGGCGGAAGCAGCGGCGGCGGCAGCGGUGGCAGUGGCACUGGCACUGGCGGCGGCACGGAAAGCGGCGCGCGGCUGUCCGGCGCGGGCUCAACCGUGGGCAGCGGUGCGGGCUGUGUGCCCUUGCCGGGCUGGGAGUCGUUCCUGCUGGACAUGUACGCACUGGCUGACAGGCCGGAGCUUCAGCUGGACUACCUGGCCCGCUACCGGCCGCCCGCCGCCCUGGGCGAGGUGCAGUGGGACACGCUGGUGCGCGACUCGCUGUGGACAGCCUCCUACCUCAAGUCUCUGUCCGCCACCCACAAGCCGACUGCGCCGUUCCUGGGUUGCUCGCUGUUCCUGCACGCCGCGCCCUCCAACGCCGUGGUCAUCACCGGCGCCGUGCGCGACGUGGUGGCGGGCUGGGCGGCGGGCGCCACACGCUCCAUCGCCGCACUCGUGCAGCCACUGCGGCUGGUGCGGCUGCCGCCGACGGCGGAGCAGCAGCCCCCGCCCGCGGCGGAUGCGUCGCUCGUGGGGCUGGCUGAGGAGGGAGAAGGUGGCAGCAGCGUGGCCGGCGCGGCUCAGCGGUCGGGGGGCGCUGGCGGCGGCGCCGAACGAGAUGAGGUGCUGCUGGGCACUGCGGCCACUGCGGCCACGGUGGCAGCAGAAGAACGGGCGGAGCAGCAGCAGCAGCAGCAGCAGCAGCAGCGCCCGGCAGAGGACGGUGCACCCGAGCCCUACGCCAGCUGGUCAGCCAACCCCGUGCUGCCGCUGUCGCCACAGCAGCUGCAGCAGCUCCUGACUGAGGCCGCCGGGGCGCAGGCACGUACGGCGGACGUGCGCCGCCGCCUGGCCGAUUCAGUUGCAGGGGCACCUCCGUCGCCUUUGGCUGGCGCCGCCGCGGCGCCGUCCCUACCCAUUGUGGCCUAUGACCGACAGGUGGCAGCCAACGCCGCUGGGAUGUCGCUUGCGCCCCCGGCUGACGCGUCCGCCUCGGAUGCCCCAUCGCAGUCCCAGCCGCAGGCGGCAGUGGCGCAGCGCAGCAGUACGGCCGGCAGCACCAUGUCCUUUGUGUUGGUGGAGGGCCAGCGGUCCUCUGGCGGCGGCAGUGGCGGCGGCGCAGCGGCGGCAGUGGCCGGCAGCCCCAGCACUGCGGGCGGCGGCGGGACGCCGCCGGGAGCUGCCAGCCCGGCACCGGCUACAGCCGCCCUGGCGCUGCUACAGCCGCUGCCUCCACCUCCGCCCAACACACCGGCUGUGCGCAUCGUCGCCCUGAACCGCCUGUGCCCCUUGGGCCUGCCUGCCUACGCCGCAACCGUUGCGGCCGCGGCCGGCUCCGCAGCCUCUACCCCGCUGCAGCAGGGCCGGAGGCCUGCCGCAGCGACGGCGCCUCAACCCUCGCAGCCACAACCACAGCCAAGUGCUGGAGGCGGCGGCGGUGCAGAGGCCGGCACAGCGGCCCUGGCCACGUCGCUGCCGGUGUGGCUCAUCCACGACGAGACCGGCAGCACAGGCUCCGGUGCGGCACGAACCCUGGCCGAGCUACUGCCGUUCCCCGUGUACGGCAUCGACAUGCCUGACUUCCCGACAGCAGCCGCGCCUCCGCCGGCUCGCAGCGGCGCGGUGCUACAGCCGUCCUCCCUGGAGGAGCUGGCGGAGCGCUACGCGGACGCGAUGGUGGCGGCGCAGCCGCAGGGGCCCUACUGCGUGGCUGGCAGCUCCGUGUUCAGCUGUGCUACAGCCUUCGCGGUGGCAGUAGCGCUGGAGCACCGGCGCGGCGCGGACGUGAUGCUGGUGCUGCUGGACGGGCCGCCGUACGUCAGCCUGUCGGGCAGCGGGGCGGGUGGCAGCGGUGGCGGCGCAGCAGGCACGGGCUAUGGCGCGGCGCCCUCCCCUUCCUCCUCCCUGUCCAUGGACCCGGUCUACUACAGCCUGCACCAGACGCUGGUGCAACACCAGGCGGCUGCGGCUGCCGCCGUGUCGCGCGGCGAGCAUGGUGCCUCAGGUGCAAGGCCAGGAGCGGGCGCGGCGGGUACUGGGGCAGUGCUGCUGAGCACUGCGGGCGGCGGAGACGGCGGAGAGGCGGCGGGCGCCCGCGGCAGCGACGCCCCCGCCGGCGGCACUAAUGGCGCUCCCGCUGUUCCCGACCUGGCGGCAUUCGCUGCCACGUUGCAGAGCCGUGGCGGCGGCCCCGACGACGUGGCGGCUCUGCUGGCGACGGCGGCCUCCUUCCGCCCGCCCUCAAUGGCGGCGGAGGCCUGGGCCAGUGCCGUACGCGGUGCCGUCCGACGCGGCGCCGUGCUGCGGCGGCUGAUGCUGGCGGCGGCGUCGAGCCCCCGGCUCACUGCGACGCCUCUGCCCACGCUGGGCGGGCCGGUGGCGGUGGUGCUGCCGGAGGACCGGCAGGGCGCGGCGUUCCUGGCCGCGGCGCGUGCGUGUUGCGACAACAGCCUGACGGCGCUGACGCUGGAGUGCCGCCACGGCGCGGUGCUGGCGACGGCGGAGCUGCGGCGCGCGGCUGCGGCUGCGGUGACGGAGGCGGUUGGCGAGAUGCUACAAAUGCUUUGAGGGUGAUGGGAGGGGUUAGUCCGUUGCUUGCGGUGUUCAAAUUGUGAGGCGGAGUGUGUAUGUAUGUGUGCGUCUGUGUGUGUUAGUGCGUGCAGGCGUGCGUGUCUGGUGUAAGCGCGUGAGGCUGAGAGCCAAUCGCAGUGCUGCUGAAUGCGUGUAGAUGUGUGUGCACGCACCGGGUUGUGUAGGUCCGCCUGGACAUGGGCGCAUGCCGCUGGCAGGCAGGUUAGCGCUGCGGUACGCCGUGCCCGUGGUUUUACACGUGCCGGUACACCGUGAAGUGACCGUGUGUUGGCAUUGAACAAGACAUCAAGGGCAGACUGGGCUCGUGCACAUGCACACCUUAAUCAACACUCCGCAGGUCAAGUCUUGCGCCCCACGCAGGAGGCAACUGUCACGCGUUGGCAGGUGGCCAAACAGGUCGCGUGUCAGCAGGUGUCAGUGCCAGGGUUUUGCUGCCGUGCCGUUACCACGUUUCAAGUUAUGGGUAGCCAGUCGUGUCAACUGUGUGGGAAUCAGUCGCCCAGUGGCCUAAUGCGCGAGCAAAUCUUCGUUUACAGCGCACCUGUGGACAAGCAUGCUGUGCCAGUAACUGUGCGCGAGAAUGCGCGGGCACAUUCUGGCAUCCGUGGGAUGCCGGUGCUGAGUGCGUUCCAAAGGCUCAAGCAAGCAUGUCUUGACGUGAGCUCUCCGGCCUUGCAAUCUGAUAAGCGUUUACAGAGUCAUAGACCAGCGUCAAUAACAACAGCGGAGCCACGCUAGGCGGUCACUGUAAGAUUCUGUUUGG